GACGUCAGCUCGCGCGCUGGACGCACACAUACUAUAGUGCAGCAGCAGCAGCAGCAGCGGGACGCACACACACAAUGACAGACUGCUGGAUAUAAUUUAUAUUCUCCUUAGGAAACUAGCCGCUGUCUUUGUGUAUUGUCUGCAAAAUGUGGGGCGGAGAUAAAAACAAAGCCAGAUUCCGCGACAGGCGCUGCCGCACUUUCCUAAAUUGAAAUCCCCGUCAGAUGAGAGAGAGAGAGGGAGAGAGAGAGAGAGAUAGAGAGACAUAGGGAGUGUAUAGAAUCAGAGAGAGUGAGCGCGUGAGACAGAGAGGGGGGGACUGCAGAACAUACAGGGUCUGGAUGAAUAACCAUGGCAACAGCAGCAGCAGCCGGAGAAGCGCUGCUAUAAACAUUGCGAUUUACUGAGUGAAGGCAGGAGCAGUAAGAACCCUCUGCGGAUAUUAUUCUUCAUCACUGCUAAGGUGAGUCUGUUUUAUUCCCUCGCGUGGCACCCUGACUGCUUUAGUGGGAUGCUUGAUGCGUGCAUGUGCGUGGAACAUGAGAGGAUUGGUAAGCUCGUUGUUUGACAUUAGGGGCAGAGGGCUAAUGUAAACUGCUAACUGGUUGCAGCGAUGUGAGACUGAAUGGAGAGGCUUUUUGCAUGAAGCAAUGAAAGAAAAGAAAAAAAAAACUAGAAAUUUUGCUCCAUUCAUAGAGGAUAUACUUCAAUGGAGCCGAGAGUCUUUGUCUGACAUUAGUAGUCACUGGGCAUUUGUCCUUGUGUAAAGAGACCAAAGCAAACAUACUGAUAAGUUCACAAAGCAGCAAGAUGAAUUUACUGAACAAUAACCUUUCAAAAUAAAAUAAUAUUUUAUUGGAUGAAUUAAAGAUGCAGUUUUUAAAGUAAUCUGAAUAAAUUAGUUAAAAAAUCCCUGACAAGCAAAGCUGCCAACUGGAUGUUUACCAAAGCUGCUCCACAGUGCAGAGUGUACUGUUGAUGAUCAGUUAUUCACAGAUGAUGUAGUCUGAAAUAGUCCUGCAAGGCUGUCUGAUAAGAAUGAAGCAAAGCUCUCACUCUUAAUAAAGACACUGCAGAAUCUUGUUCAGCAGGCUGCGAAAAAAGGGGGGAAAAAUGAAGUUUACAGUAAUGUAAGGUAAAUAGAUUACAGUUAAUCAGACUGGUCAUCCUCUGAUAAAUCAGGGUUCAGGCCCUCAUGUGAUUGGUGUAAACAUCUCAUUUAGUGAACCACACAUCUGCUGUUUCAGAGCUGUUAACUCAAACAAAUCCUUGCUUUCAACAAUUUGGAUGAGCUCACAUACUUUUAUAAGCACUGAAACAGCUGAAUAGUAAAUCAGAAUAGUCAUAACAAAACUAGUUUGCUUUUACAAUCUUGACUUCGGUUUACAUGCUUUGCAGUGCGACAAUUGCUACAAAGGACAUCGUGGUCACAAAUGUAGGAUUUACCAGCCAACGACUGUACCUGCUUUUUGUGCAGAGAGGCUCUUUGAUCAAAAUUUCACUCUGAGAUAUCAAUGACCCCAAUCACACCCUCUCAAAGUCAUACUCCAUCUCCUUUAGCGUGAUAAGAUGGGCCACUUAGUUUGGUUCUUUGCAUUGACAGGGAUUUGGCAUUGUAAAUUUAACAACAGAGAGUCUGAUACAGCUCUGUGCGAGGUUUUAGCAAAUGCCAGAUUAUGGCGUCACAUGACUGCUGCCUCAGUGCUUUCCUGUUAAGGACAUUCUUUCUCUAUGUCCAGUGUGUUUAAAGCAUUUGUAAUACAGAGUAGUCAUACUCUGUUUGAAAUGAAAUACUCCAAAAGCCGAUUCUCACUGUUGAUUCUUUUCCUCUGUAGAAAAAAGGCGCUGUAACUUAUUGGACCUUUGUCACUCAUCCCUGUGAGGUGAUAGUCCUUUGUCUGUUUUGGUGUUCUGCCAAGGGAGCGAAAUGUUAAUGAAUGGAAUAAUGGCUAAGAUUAAUUUCCGACAGCACAUGUACACACAUGCACACAUUCACUCUCACACACACACACACACACAGCUUUGUCACAAUCAGAAGUACAUGGACAUUAAAUCUGCUCAUGGCACAUUCAGUCACUAUGAACAUGUUGCCUCCUCAUCUUCUUCAAAAUGAAAGCCAGGGGUUUAAGUUUCUUACAUGUGAAGGUGGUGCAGUUACUGUUGUUAUCAAGUAUAAACCUCCAACAAGGCCAGCGUGUGCAGCAGCAGCUUGCAUCUGAUGGUCAUAAGACAGCAGAUAGCUAUUUUGCAAUGAUUUGAGUUAAAUGACUUCCAGCAAGUUGCAAAUCAGACAGAGAUUGUUUGUAAAAGUGCACAAGCAGCAAGGAUAAGGAUCAGCUUGGCUACAGGUUGUGCAGAUCUGUGCAGUAAGAGCCUCAGUGUGCAGGUAUCAAUGUACAGCUUGUAAUACCUGCACAAUAUCACAAAUAAACAGUGCUCAAGUAAACAAAAUCACAGCAGCUGGAUUUCAUGGAAACCUUUAACCCAUAUACUGUAUGCACUAGCUGUCACAUAUUUGGUUUUCUUUUAUAGAUAAUAAUAAUAAUAAUAAUAAUAAUAAUAAUAAUAAUAAUAAUGAUAAUAUUGAACAGUUCAGAAAUGUUACUCUCACACAGAUCAAUAUUUUAAGUCUGGUACCACCUUGUAACUUAUUAACAGAAGGGUACUUUGUAAUCCCCUUAAGACAGGCCUGAUGAUUUGGAGAACACAUACAUGUACAGGUGCUAUCUUCAGGUCUAAUUUCCCAGGCCAUAGAGUUUUGGGGGAACACAACCUUGAGAGCUACUUUGUUAGUUAUGCACCAAAUGAGCAACUAAUCUCUUUACAUAACAGCCAACCAGGGCAUUGAUUAAAACAAUGUGAGUGUUUUCAAUAAACUCUCACAAUGCAAAAAUCUUAACUCACUGCAAAUGAAAAGGACAUGAAAACCAAAAUCUUCUCUGUCAGUAUAUUUUUUUUAGAUGGAGGUCUAUGUAUUAUGGCCAUGUAGUACCAUUUUGAUUCAGUCAAAUGAAGCUUUAGCUAGCUGCCAACUAACCUCAAAAUGAUUGAUAAUAAUUUGUCAUGGCGCUAACAACAUGCUUCCCAUAAAAUCAGCGUCUUGGCUCUUUUAAAACACCGGUGGAGAAUUACUAGAUUUUUGUCAAAACUGUUAAAAAAUAGGCCCUCUAGCUUGAGGGGAAUAAAUGUUGGUAGAAGAACUCUAGUGGGAUAAGGAUGUCAGUAUUUAAUCCCCCCUCCUUUGGUUCUCCAAUAAAAAAAAUUAGACCAUCAAGUAUUGUAAGAAUACGUUAUAGUAGUUUUAGCCUUAGGGGGUUGAUUUUUCAUACUGUAGAUCUUUUCUGUAAGAGAUCCAAGUCAGAAUAGCAAAUUUAGAGAUAUUAUCUAUCAGGUCUAGUUGAAGAGUUGCUUCAUCUUCUUUAUCAUCAUCAGCGAGACCAUCAAAGGACACACUGUGUUUCCUGAGAUAAAUGACAGCUGUGCUUCUUGAAGCUGUCAGUGUGGGUGUUCUGGUCCAGGCCUCGCUGAUGUGAUUAACUUAUUGGUGGAUUUUCAACGUAGGUUGACACUCAGUCCAUGUGAUGCAGGCGUGUACUGAUUGUUUUGUUUGAGAUUAAAUGCAGCCUACAGUUUUCAGCCUUCUCUUCAUGUCCACCUAAAAAUUGCAAUAGAAGUAAGCCGCUUCUUCUUCUUCUUCUUCUUCUUUGACUCCUCAUGAAGCAGGAAACAGAUAACCAGGAUGUUGGCUUGAAUAAGGAGAGCACUGACGCAGCCUCAGCUAGCUUAAUCAACACCAAGGAAAACACUAGCUGCACAUACUGCAGCGCCUCAUAGGCUCACAUCAAAUGACCUUUAUUACCCUCCUGACAAAUCACAACUGCCUUUCUCCAUUGUUACCCUCACAGAGGGACACAAAGUGUCUUUCUUAUGUGUGAUGAGUUUGUCAAUGUGACAUGAAAUGCAGAGUCAGCAAGAAGAGACAAAACAGUUAUGUCACUUUCCUCUCUGCUGGCAGCAGUGGCUGCAGCUGAUGUACUGUGUUAGAGAAGGUGACUGACUUUCUCACAACUGUUUGGAUGCACAUUCAACCCUGUAUGUUUGUAAGCUUUAACAUGGACACGGCUGCUUUUAAGCACAAGUUCAGGUUAGACUGCAGAUUUACUGCUCCCUCUUUCCCCAGACUUGGCUAAGAUCCUUAUAAUUCAUCUUGUCAGCAUAAGUGAGGUGGAUGGUAGACGAGACUGGUUCCCUGCCAAUUGAAAAAGACACCUUUGCUUCGCCUAUUUUCAGUAAUGAAAUUGAGCUGUUGGGAAGGGACCCUGAAUACAUUUCUCUGCUCAUGAAGUGAGAAAUUGAAACUGAUUGUGAAUUAAUCUCAACAUUUUUGCAUGUAUAUGAAGAAAUCCCCCAAAAGAGUUAUUUUACCUUUUCAUUGACUAAAGGCACCUGCAUUAGGACCAGACAUAUUUGUUGUGGUUGCAUUUACUCUCUUUUUCUUUCCCACUUUCUCUCUUUUUCUAGGCCUAUCCAGUCUUGGCAGAUGGCUGAUCACUGGGGAUGUGUGUGUUUAGUCAACUAAAUGAUCACUCUAGCGAGUCAGCAGAAGAAUUGCUUGUCAGCUAAAAAAAUUAUCAGUAUUGUUUAUUUUGUAGGCCUGAAAUACCAGCCACUACCACCUGCCACUCGCCAGGGUUGUAGCUCAGUUAAUGCUGACUGACAUGCUGCUGUGAUGCUCUACUACUAAGAUGGAAACAAGCACAGGUGACAGACGGCAUCUUGUAGCACAGUGUGGUAGUGUUUUGAUAGUGAAGAUAAAUUGUAUGUAGGCUGUGUAUGGUUAACUUUACAAAACAUCCAUUCUCAUAAACAUCCAAUGGCUAAGGUUUUAGAGUGCAGCAUGAAGCAGCAUCACUUGACUAAGCUGGAAUCUGAAGAUUUCCUGAGUCAUAUACAGGACGGGUGAUUUUCUUCCUCCACAAUGACAUCUAAAAACCUCUGACCUGCUGACCUCAGGUCUGGCUCUGCUCACUAUAGUGGUCUGUUAUUGUAGUUUAGUUAAACAUGAUCUGGCAUCAACACUGAGUGUUUUAUUUUGAAAAUUAACCAGGUGUUGUUCUGAUGUCUGACUUACUGUCUUCGUCGAUCGGCCCUGUGGUGAUGGAUCCAUCAUACUCCACCAUCUGUCAGAAGUAGAGGCCAUGCGUAUCUGCUGCUCUGGAUUUCUAGAGCUGGGAAAGAGCAAGCAAUGAAACAGUUUCAGACAUUUGAGCUUCCUCAAGACCACCACCUUCUUAACUUGCCCUACACUGGAGGAUCUAGAAACAAUUAAAAUUGAAACAAGUGAUUUUUUUCUCUGGAAAAGCUAUAGUGUAUAUAAAAAUCAUAGCACCUGUCCAGAAGGGUGAAACUCAGAAAAGUAAUUAAAAUAUGAGCUGAAACAAUAACUUUAAGAUGUUUUAGUGUGGUCAAAUGACAACCCACCAGAUUUACCCAAAAAGUGUGUAAGGGCGGAAUGCACAAUGGUCAGGAUUUUUCCAAACAUGACAGCUAAUUUUUAGUGUCAUCUUUAAAACCCCUCUCUGUAAAGUUAAGUUGUAAAAUCACCAGCUACUUUAUUAGGUUCACCUUUCUAGUAACAGUUUAGGGGCCCAAAGUGUGCCAAGAAAAUGCUGUAUCUCCCAAACUAUUAAACCACCCCCACUAACCUAAACCGUUAAUACAAGGCAGGAUGGAUCCAUGCUUUUAUAUUGUUUUCGCCAAAUUCUGACCCCACUGUCUGAAUGUCACAGUGGGAAUCCAGACUCAUUAGAUGUGGCAAGCCUUUUCCAGUCCUUCUAGUGUCAAUUUUAAAUAGUCGCCUCAGUUUCUUAUUCUUAGCUAACAGGAGUGGUGCCCAGUGUGAUCUUCAGCUGCUGUAGCCCAUCUGCUUCAAGGUUCGAGCAGCUGUUGUAUGGUAUUCUGCAUACCUUGGUUGUUACGGAUGGUUGUUUGACUUACUGUAGCCUCUCUGUCAUCUUAAACCAGCCUACCCUUUCUCCCCUGACCUCUAACAUCGACAUUUUAAUUUUCGUCCACGCAACUGUUGCACAUUGGAUAUUUUCUUAUUUUUGGACCAUCCUCUGUAAACUUUAGAGAUGGCUGUGCAUGAAAAUCUCAGUAGCUACAAUAUUUGAAAAACCCCAAACCAGCCUGUCUGGCACCAACACCAUGUUUUACUAUAGUUUAAGAGCAUCUCAUCAUAAAAGCUAGCUAAAAAUGCUUUACAGGAUUCUCCCAUCAACUUUAAAUCAUGAGCAUCAAAAGGAGAAGACUGUGUAUUUAACCAACAGAGUUUAUCUUAGCAUACUUAGCUUGCUAGCUACAGCUGAUCAAAAAUGCUGGGCACAAAGUCAUCUGUAGCCCAUGAAGAAAGUGCUGACUCUUCUGAAUACUCUUGUCUGAAUUUAAGAUCCCUUGUGUCAAGGAUACUUUGAAUUGAAAUGGUUUCUGCCACUCUUUUAACCACAAACUACACAUGCAAGAAUGCUCUGCUUUAAAGGCAAAGCCAUCACAGCUAAUGAGGCAGAGAUACGCCAGUCAAUUGCUAAUAAAAAACAAAAAGAUUAAAGCUGCCAAAUUGUGUUGCCAUGGUCGGAAGAUCAGUGGGGUUUUUACAUAAUCUCUGCACCUGAACAAACUUUAAUUAGCAGCAAACUUUGCACUUUAGUUAAAGCAAAUUAAUGUCUCAGGAUACCCCAGUGCCAGAGCUGUGGUGUAAUAUAACCAGCCUGUCAAGAUAAAUUUUCACUGCUUAAAGAAAGUGGACCAAGACUUCAAAGCUUUAAAGCCAGCCUAACAGAGAACUGACCAUAACACACCUGAGAUAACACACCUCUUAAAGUUUUAUUCUGACUCUGUUUCUGUUUUGACACUUAUGUCUGCAUCACCUCUCAAUUACUCGCAUCUGUUUAUACAACACUAACUGAACAUCACAUCAAUGCGAGGGUUAUAUUUCAAAGCCUUCAAUGGGGGGUUAUUUGAUACACAAUGCUGUAAAUACUGUCAGUGUCUCAUCUUCUGCCUGUUGGAGGGAGGUCAAUUCUUAAAGAGCUUCAGCUUCCACGGCAAUACUUUCCUCAAUACUUUCAUUUUAAAAAAGCAUGUUUAGAAGUGCGGGGUAACAUAUAACCUUGAUCAUUGCCAAAGACUGCAUGUGCACUGAGCCUGCAAUAUGUUGGACAGAGGUUAAUAUUGAUCUUUGUAUUCAAUGUUGUUUAGCUUUGCCCUUUACAGUGUGUUUGAUCCAACACAUUUGUACUUAAAAACAUCAAAUGUAUAGGUAUGAGUAAAACUACAUCAAAAAACUUUUGAGAUUUUAUUUGAGGAAAGGGGAAAGGAGAACUUGGUUUUCUCUGAAACACAAAAAUUAAGUUGAUUGAUUUAAGUCUUGAGAUCUAAAUACUGAAUGACAAAUUUUAUCCACAUUUUAUUUCUCCAAAUAAAAUGAGAGUGAUAUUAAAUACGACCUGUGUUGUUGAUGCUAUCAGACAAAAACACUUUGUCAACAGGAGAACCAGAAACAUUAACUUUUAAUGAGUGUCGCCUUUCCCUCAUUUAGAAUUAUAUGUGUGAUCUGGUUGUCUCUGAUGUUAAGCUUGCCAUUCACAAUUAAUAACUGUUAUGUGGUUUCUAAGAGAUUUUAAGAAUUUUAAUUUUUUAUUCAUUGUUAUUUUUAUUUCUAUUUAUUGAUUGAAUAAAUCCUCUAACUAGGUUCUUUCACAGUUUUGAAAGAGUUGUUUCCUUAUAUUUUCAACAUUUACCUUAACAUUUAUAUUCAUAUUUACACCCCGUCCAAGGUGCAUAUCAGAAUCAGAAUCACAAGGAAUUUGACAAAGUAUGUACAAACUUGAACUAGACAUUUAACUUUUAUGUACAAGACAGUUGCGCAAUAGUGCAAUGAUAAAGAGUGCGGUGGAGUGAGGAGUGGCUGUGAAUAAAUAUACAUGUCAUUAUAUUACAGGUGGGUUGUGCACAUUAUGUUUAACAACAAUAAAAAUAAUAUUAAAUAUUGUGUGUAUAAGUGUAUAUCUAUUGAGACGAAUGUUUAUAGAUUAAUUGUCUUACAGUUAUUACAGUCAUUUACAGUCAUAGUGGUCUUUCUGCAGCUCUGUGAGCGUUAGGAGUUUGUCAGAGAAACCAAUUCUGGAUGUUAUCAGUCCUCUCUCUUUAUGGACUGAAGGAUUCAUAUCACCUUUGCAAACAGAGGAAAUACAUGUGAGCGUGAUUGAGAAACGUGGUCUCAUUUACCUCAUUUGUCUGAUACCUCUGUGUUUGUCUUCUUAUUUGACAGGUGAUGAGUGGGAUUAUAUCAUGUCUGAAGUUCAGGGAACAUUGGAGUUUUCUGUAGAGUUGCACAAGUUUCACAAUGUGGAUCUCUUUCAAAGAGGGUAAGUAAUUAUCAUCUGUGCAGAAAUCACAUUUUCAGUUACAUGAUGUUUGUUUGUAUUACCCGACUCCACAGAUGGCAACCCAGCAUGAACAUAUUUCACACUGCCUGCUGACGAGGUUUCCACACAUUUGAGUAUUUGACAAAAGUAGCUGUUCCUUUGUUAGUUAUUGACUGUUUACUUAAAAUGACCAAAAAAUUUACUUAGAUGCAAAAUGUUGAGUUGUAAUACACACAGCUUAAACAAUAAUACUUACAAUGUACGAGAAAUAAUUAAAAAAAAGACUUUUGUUUCUAUAGCUAUGACAGGUACUACAAAGCUAUUUUCUGAGUUGUACUUAUUUGAUAUUAGUGACAAGGGGCUUUUCAGUAUGCCUAUUCUUGUCUUGAAACAUAGUGUCCUUAAGAUGCACUUUUUGAUUUUAAUUCAAAUGCAGCCAACUGAGUGUAAAACAAAUUAUUUCCAUCUGUAUUAUCACCACCUGCUGAUCAAUUUAGUUUAAGAUUAAACUUAACUUUCUGUGUUGGUAUGUUGUGCUAAUUAUCACAUUUUUUUUUCCAAAAAAUAAAUUUGAGAAGUUGAAAAUUUCCUUGAUUUGGGUUGUGGCUUGUUCAUACAGAAUGGAUGUCAAUGGGUAGUGAAGCCUCCAUGAGAACAGCACCUCCUGGUGACUGGUUGCAGUAUAGGUCAUGAACCCCGCCUCCUCUAGCAAAAUUAAUGACACAGAAUAUAAAAUUUUCUUCCCCCGGUUAAGAUGUUGACAGUUAUUGUAAGACUGGUUUGUGCUCAAGUCCUCUUUUCUGUACAGCUCCAUUUUAAAAGUUAUUAGGGGUUUAUGUUUUUCUAUGAUUUACACUUAAUACAGCCUAUGUAUGUGCGAAGGCUGUGUGGGACAUCUGGGGGUGUGGGACAUCUCUGUUUAAGCAGAGCAUCAUCACAGCAAAUCUCACAUUGAACGCUACUGCACAACUGCAGAUGUCAGGAAAUGGAAAAAAUACCAACAGCAAUUUGGCUUUAAAUUCGUACAAUGACGGGAGGCGGAGCCCUGUUGUUCAUUCUAUAUACAGCCUAUGGUUAUUGCCCACACAUAACAGGGUGCUUCUGCUACACACUUAACCAUCAGAAAUGAAAUGCCUACAAUAACAGCUCUGAACAGUGAAAAAAUAAGUAAGCAUAAUCCCUCUUCGUCUGCUUUUAGAACAGGCCAACCUGUGGACACAAAAUUUGAACCCAACAUUGGCUGCACUAAGAAGAGUCAGUGAGGGUAAAAGGUCAAUAAACAAUUUUCAUCAGAAUUUCAGCCAAGUUUUGGGGGGUAAAAGAGGUCAUGUUUAUCCUGCACUGAUGUGUCUGCAGGAAGAUUAAAACCUCUCAUCAGCAUGGUGGCCCUCUAAACCACUGAAACACUGGCUUUAUCAAAAUGAUUUUUCCCCCUAAAUGGGAUGGGUUAAAGCUUUAUCAUGGUAAUCCCUUCAGCUGAGUGCACUGUAAUAUGCCUGUGUUUGUUGGUGUCCAUAGUGCCUCAGAUAGCAACAAAUAUCUGAUGGGAACAUCAAAUAUACUUGGAUUCCUUUGUCGAGAUGAAGCACUGUUAGAAAAAUGGCUCAGUGACUGGAAGCUAUGCAUACACAAAGCAGAGUAAUUGCUGAAAUCAACAAAAACUGCUGCACCAGACUUUAGGACCACACCGCUGAAUACUUUGUUGGAUACUGAUUGCAUUAAAAAUGCAGAUUAAAUCUGCAUUUGAUUGUUUGAGGGGGUGGCAGCAAUAAUCAUAACAGUUUUGCAUUUUCCCAAUGCAGGAAACAUACAGUAUGAGUACCCAAAUUUAAACACAGCUGCUUUCUUUCUUUCUUUCUUCCUUUCUUCCUUCCUUCCUUCCUUCCUUCCUUCCUGGUUAGUUGUUAUUCAAAUAAAACAAAAACUAUUAAUUCCUGCCAUCUAAAAGUAAACAAGUAAAUUAUCAUGCAAUAAAAAGAUAACUUGACAACUACUCAAUAGACGAUUGGAAAUCUCUGCUGUAAGAGGUAAUGCGUUAUCUCCUGACCACUUCCUAGCUAUUGACAUGACCUCUUUUACCCUGUCUAGAGCUGUUAUUUAUUUAUUGACCUUCAAAACCUUUCCCGUGCUCUUCACAGUCAAGCCUCCAUCUUUAGGAGCAACGUCGCUAACACACUGAUGUGAUGGCUGUGUUCACAGCCAUGCUUUGGUCUCUCAGACUGCCAAUGUGUCCCUGGAGAGCUGAGAUGUGCUUUUACACAGAGCUAGGUCGACUUGAACUGACAAAGUGACCUUUUCAAAGAGAUGUUUUUCUAUUGCUACUUAUAUAGUGAGAUAAAACUAUAAAAAGUAUAUAUUUUUUAAUAUUAGUGAGACAGCUUGAUGUUGUUUUUACAUUUAUACAACUUCUUCAUGACUCUAGUUAUUUACAAGCUCGUAUAAUUAAAUCAUUUAAUUACUGUAUUCAGCCUCGGUACUAUGAGACACGUCAAAGCCUUUUAACAGAGGUGCAUUAAUAUUCAUUUAGUAUCAUUUUUAACAGACAGCAUCACAUUACCCCUCCUUUAGCAUCUUAACAUUGGCUUACAGUCUGUUUUAGAGUUGAUUUUAAGAUUUUACUCAUCACUGUUAAGACAGUAAAGGGUCUGGCUCCAAACUAUAUAACAGAACUUUUAACUCCCUAUGAGCCAGCCUGCACCCUGAGAUCCUCGGGUGGGGGGCCUCUUAGUCGUUCCAAAGUUGAGACUUAUAACUAAAAGUGACAGGACCUUUUCAAUCAGGGCCCCUCGACUUUGGAACGACCUCCCCGAGGAGAUCAGGCGUGCACAAACAGUCACUGCUUUAAAAUCACGUCUUAAAACUCAUUUUUAUAGACUUGCUUUUAUGUGAUUUCGUCUUCUUCAAAGCCUUUUUUUGGGCUCCUACAAUGUUUUAAUGUCUUCAUUUUAAUGACGUCUCAGCUCAUGUGACAUUCAUCAAAGCUUUUAUGUCUCCCACUGAUUUUUAUUUGAUUUUAUGUUAUUAUUGCCAGUCAUGUGUCAUUUCCCCCAAGUGUUCUCUUGUUGUUGUUAUGUUGUUUUUAUCUCACUUGUUUUCCUGCAUGUUCAAGCACUUUGUAAGAUCUUGUUUUUAAAAGUGCUAUAUAAAUAAAUUUAUUAUUAUUAUAAUUAUUAUUGUUAUUAUUUAAGAAGACAUUAUCUAGUAUCUAAGUGAAGUCAGUUUGACUGUCUGUCUGUUUCCUCCUUGUGUCAGGUUCUAUCAGGUGCGAAUAGGGUUAAAGGUCUCACCUCGAGUGCCCCACAGGUUGAUAGCAACAACACCAGACAAUGCAGGUAAGAGAAUGUGACCUUUUCCUCUAUAAUUUAUACACUACAAACACAUACAAUUUUCAGACAUCAUGGUACUUUCGCGACUCACUUAAGUCCCCAAGCUCCCAAUUUGCUACAUGGCUCUCUGUGGUAGUUUUCUGUUUUUGCACGUGUUUGUGCAGCAAACUUCAGUUUUCUAGGUUUAAUAAGCAGUACUCAUACGCAGUCAUGAAAGGAUAAUGAGACUAUGAGUCCUUGUAUGGGUAAGGAAAGCUAAUAGCUCCCUGUUUCUUCUUUCCUGUUUAUUUGUUGGCAGUUUACAUCUCUUUGUCAUCAUUUUGCAUUCUGGGCUUUAAAUAUCGACAAAUUAUGCUCAACGUUUAAUCCUCCAGUUCAGAUCUUGUUUGAACAGGUUGUGUUUUACACACUGUGGUCUAUAUCAACAGGAGGACUGACUGUGAGAAAAUCUCAUUCUGCACAGGGAAUUGAGUAACAUGCUUUGUGCGGUUUGUGCUUGUCUUUGAAGUCUACAUGAACACAAUAAUUUCUCUGUGUUAAAGUGUGUUCAGAAAGUGUUUCUUGUUUCCUGUACUUCUUUUGAAACUAGAAACAUCUUCUUGUAAAGGAUCACAAAAUAAAAUGGACCUUUUAAGUGUUAUCGAGCAGUAUAACAUAAUUGUUGGGCAGGGUUUAGCUGGAGGCAAAACAAUCCUCUAGACAUCGUUAGACAAGAAGGAGGCGGUAGUUAGGUAGGUGUUUAGUUUUGGUGGCUAACAAGGAUAUCAGCAUUGAUGUAGCUAAAGCGCUAAUAUUGACAGAACUGUCAGUCAAUACAUUUACAUGACACUCAAUAAAAAAACAAACUAUUGCCUUACUCUGAAGACCGGACAACUGAGGUGCACGUAAACACCUUAGUCCGACUAUAAUCGGAGUUUGAGAACUCUGAUUAGAGUCGGAGAACUCCGAUUAAGACACCCAGAUAAUGCGAUUGGAAUUUAAUUUCUCUACCAUGUAACCAGCGCAGUCGAAGUGUGAUUGAACAAUGCAUGCAGGUGUGCGCCACGCCCCCGUAACCCCCGAACAAAAACACCAGAAAAGUGGAGUAGCAUGCAUCUCAUCUGCAGAAAAAGUAGCGCGUACAUCAUGUACGCCAAAAACAACAUUGUACGAUGCUCCAUCUUCUUCUCGAAAACACCCAGCAGCAGUUGUAGCCACUUCUGACGUCUGGCACGGACCUGCUGUUGUUGGACACAGCGCCGCUGAAAAGACCGAUAUCGCCCCCGUCUAUAAUUCGAUUUUCUCAGCUGCAUGUAUACACGAACAAGGAGAGAAGUCCGAUUCGGCAAAAAAAAAAAAAAGUAUGAGCUUAGUCCGAUUAAGCUGUGCAUGUCAACGCACUGAGUGAAAUAUACUCUCUGUAGAGGCAUACCUGAAAACUUAGGAGGAACUGACAUUUAUGAGAUUCACAUCACGUAAAACAAUUUAAUGAAAUAAGAACAAGAAUUAAUGUGAUUGUCUGUGGACUGAAAUAUAGUUGAAAUAUAGUACAGCUUAUGACUCUUAGGUGGUAGUUUAUGUGUCGCCCUAUCUCACAGUAUUUGCUUUCCUUUGCAUUCAGCAAAUUCUGUGACAUUGGUCCUAAAAGGGUCUCUGUUAUGUAUUUGUCGUCUCAUGGCUGUUCAUCGGACGUUCAAUCAUCAGUUUAAGACACGAACUAAUCUUUUCUUAAAAUAAAGCAACCCACAGACUCAGGAGGAAAAUAAAACACCCAUUUAUUUUGACAUCUGCUUAUUGAGCUGAAGAGGAUUUAACUCAGAAUGCAGAUUAAGCUUUCACUUUAAUUUUGAACAAAAGCCAAAGAAUAAAAGUAAGUGAAUUGAUUUUUUUUUUUUUUUUUAAGUAACUGUACUGGAAGACAUUUUAUUCCUGUGUUAAAGCCAGUGUCCUGCCAUCACCGUUUGGAAUCACAGAAUGAGAGUAGUGUCUGGGGAUUUUAUUGCUCUACUGUGUCUCAGUGAUUUAGGACACUUGGCUGUCUUUGAGUCUGCAGACAAUCUCACAUCUCUAAUAACUUUGAAACCAAAUGGGAACAAGAUGAUAUUACUGGUUUUAAAUGCUAAUCAGUUCCCCCUCCCCCCUAACCACUUUUUGAAAUAACCAUGGGCAAUCUUUAAUACAUUUUUGAUCAACUGUAGCAGCGACAUUAAAGUUGCACACAUUUCUUUCAAAAUAAAGCCCAAAGGUUGUUUUUUAAAUUAAGAUAGUGUGGAUAACGAGAAUGAAUCCAUGAUAACGAUUUGGUAAAUGGGUAUUUAAAAGUAGCACUUUUAUUCAUGCACUGUUUCCAUUCACUGAUUUCUCUAAACAAUGACUUGCAGAUAAUUUAUAACAUGAAAAAUCCCUCGCAUGUGCCGCCUUCUUUGUAUUCAAAGGUUGUGCUACAGUGUGAAUCUGCCCAAGCAUCAAAUCUGGAUCUCUGGCAAUGCAGAAAGCUGUUUCACUGGCAAAACUGAUUCACAGUAAUAAUGGCUAUUUUUAGCUCAUGGCUGGGACCGUGUGUGUGUGUGUGUGUGUGCGUUUCUGUGUGAUUACGCGCUCUGAUCUUUCUGUACUUGUGGGGACCAAUUUCUCACAGUGCGACCAAAGGCUCUAAUGAAAAAACACCCUGGAUUGUUAAAAUUUAGAUCCAAGUAGUUAGAUUCUCAAUUCAGGGGAAACUAAGACUUGAGCUUAAGGCACAUCAUUUCAGUGGAUAGGGAAGAAAAUAACAAGGGCUGUAGCAUUUCUAUUUAAAUUGUCUCACAGCUAUAGCAAACCUAAUAUGAGGUAUGCGUCUGUGUGUCGCGUUUGUGUGUGUAUGUGUGUAUGAGACGUGAUGGCAAGGACAUUGCUGAUUGAAAAGGCGAUGUGUCUGAGAUGAGACAAUGAUUCAUGUCAUCUGGUGUUUUCUGCAGGAACACAGAGAUGGGAAUUCCACCAGGGAGGAUCAUUUCAUCCACUUCAUUUGUUCAUAGUUGGAGAGAAAUCCUAAGAAGAAUAAAUAUAAUACGUUGUAAUAGAAAUGUUAAAAAUAGCCGUUCAGCGGUCUCACUCUCAAUAGUCUAUUUUAAGUGUGCUAAAUCCUGGAGGUGCAGUUUUACAUUAUUUGAGUUGGGAAGGGUAGUACAGAAUAGUUCAGAGUGUACAGUACAGUGGAUUAUAGUAUUUGCAAACAGACUAAUUAACAUCAUUUAGUUGUUAUACAUGUUAUUAUCUUUGUCCACCCUGUGAAUCAAGGAAGUCAAAAUAACUUAGCUCCCUUUUUCCUCUUUAUGUAUUUAAUGUACUUAUAUAAAAUGUUUUUUUCCUGAUUGAGCACAGGGAGUAAUUCGACGGACAUUAAAGAAGUUAAACACUCAAGACCACUUCUGUGUGAAAAAAAUCAGUUGAAGGGACAUAAACUGUUGUUGUCCCUGGCUAUAUGAAGAAUUGAAUGCCUUUUGUAACCAAAAUCUAUAAAGACUAUUUAACUUUAUUUUAUUCUUUAUGUAACAAGUAUAUGAACCUACCAAUAUAGUUCAACUUUAAUCAGUUUUUAGAAUAUUAUCAGUUAAGUUUUUGAAGUUUUACUUAGAUGUUUAUUACAAAAUGAAUGUCUUAACAAUUAUAAUAUAUAUAUAUGUAUAUAUAUAUAUAUAUAUAUAUAUAUAUAUACACACACACACACAGUAGCCAAGUCAUGGCCAUGCAGGUGCAGCAAAAGCCCAGUCUGUCUCUUUGUAUCUGAGAAAACUUACUUCUCCCUCCCAUUUCCUGUUAGCUAACCACAUACUGUCUAUAAUCAAUCAAUACAUUGGUCAGUCAGUCAGUCAGGCUGUCUGUUUUUACUUUAUCUUGCUGCCUGCCUAUAUAAAAGUCUACACUUUAUGAUAUAUUAACAUAAGCGAAAAUAAAAUGUGAGGACAAUUCAGCAGAUAGUUGCUGCAGGGGCAGGAGUUUGAUAUUUGCAUGAUCUUUAAAAUCCCAAUCGCAGACAACUAAAUGUGUCACAAUAAGUUAAAAUGCAAUGUAGGUCUUUUUUUGUUGUUGUUGUUGCAGUGACACUACUAUAUCCUUUUACAUUCUGCAGAUAAAUUCCUGGAAACUCAAAAUACUCCAUUUCAAAUAACCUCUGGAGUGCAAAGAAUUUUAUAUCCGUUUCUCAGUUUCCACAGUUAUCUUGAAUUAAUGUUUCUUGAGUCAAUUUAGCAAAGUUGAUAAAAGUUAAUGUCCCAUUUUCAAAUUUGCCAAUAAAUUAAAUAAUUCAAAUACUUAAAUUUAGGUUUCGAUUCAUGAGUCAUGCAACGCAAAAACUGCUGGCUCUGGCUCACUGCUUUUAAUAAAGAGAUAAAAGGUUUAAAACAUAAACAUAACUUUUUUUUUUUAUUGAUCAAUUUCCUAAAGACCAGCAGAGAGGUGCAGUGACUAUGUAAUUUUUUAUGUGUAUGAGUUAGCACUGGGUUGUUUGAGCAUCAUUAUAUUACAGUAAACAGGGCUAUCUUCAUUACCAUCAUCCUUUCAUGUUCACAAUAAGCUGGGGUGAUCGCUUGUUUGGAUAUUAGCAUACAGCCCUCUGGUCUAUAUCAACAUCUUACAUUUUUAAAAGGCUGCAUCAUAUGUUGCCAAUGAGGAGCGCUGCUGCAGUGUACAUUACAGCAGAGAGCAUAUCCGUAUUGGAAUUGGAAGGCUGCAGCCCUCCCCUCCCUUCCUUUUCCCCCUUUGCAGCUCCUUCAACAAGGUCAUGUAUUAAGCCUUAACACCAUGCUGGCUGAAUCCUGAGCAUAGCCGCACCAGCCAGGAAGAGGAAAAAAAACAUCCAUCAUACAAAGACACAGGAAAUAAUCCCUGACCGUGUUCUCUGUGAAAGUAUAUGCUUGACAUUUCAAUUGUCUGUGCCCUUCAGACAAAUGAAUUGUGCAACACACUCAACUGAAGCAUUUAAUAACUGUGAUUCACGCACAAUAACCUGGUAAAUUCAAAGUCAGAAUGCUACCUGAGAGGAUUGGAUUGCGAUUUUAGGUGUCUACUAGUACAAGGACUGAAAUUCUCUCUCAUAUUAGUACCAUGAAGAGCAAAUACGCGCAGACUAGUUUUGUGUGUUUUGUAGAUAGAGAGUGACAGGUACAUAGACACUCUCUUACCCAGCAGAUGUAGAACACCAGGGGCUGUAAGCAGAUUAUUUCCAGGACUGAAUCACUGUGGCUAAACCUUAGGGGCAUUUCAGCAGGUUUUAAUCAUGCCGGAUGUGAUAACUCCCCAGUACCUGUGAGAACUGCAGUGUGCAAAGUGUAAGAAACUGUGUGUUGGUUUGAUAUAUUUCAGUGCGUUUACGCUCUUCAACAUAAACGACACUCCUGCUGUGAUUUUUUAAUCAUGUAAAUGCCUAUAAAAACAACAUGACAGGCACAGUGAUCAUAUUAAAUGUGAAAGUGUAAGAGUACAGAAGUAUCAAUCAAAUAAACACUAUUCUUUGUGUAUUGUUAUUUUGGCUUUAAAAGGGGGAGGAUUAUGCAUUUUUUUCAGACUAUAUUUCUUCUCUGAUACCUCUUUAAUAGCUUGACAUAAUUUCAAGAUCAAAGAAAGCCUCACAUAUCUCACAGUGGUGUAUUAAAAUGUCAUUAUUUCAGUCUCUAUCUGAAACGCUUUGUUUUAGCUGCUGUCUCUUUAAGGCCCCCCGCCACAAGCCUACUGUCUUCUCAAUGGCCAUAUAAAUAUAUAUAUAUAUAUAUAUAUAUAUAAUAUAUACAUAUACAUACAUAAAUAUGUACACUAUUUUGAUUCAUAUUGUCAGUGGUCCCCAACCUUUUUUGUACCAGGGACCAGUUUCAUGCUUUUUCCAUGGACCUGGUAGGAGCAUGGAGGUUCCAAUAACAAAAACCUUAAUCAGUACAUAGUAUGUGAUCUGGAUAUAACAAUUACAUUUUUUUCAUUACACUUAAACAUCAACUCACCAUAAUGCAGAAUCAACCCUUUCUCUCUCCAGUGAACUCUGUUUUAGGCUCAUUUUUGCAAGAGCUAGCUUGUGUUGCUGAUGCAGGAAAAUGACGUGCCGAAGAGUCAAGCGAGUGGGUGAGGCGAUGGCGGAAGUGGUGGUCUUUCAAAAUAAGAUACUGUGAGAACAGAUAAAAAAAAAGAAUUAUAAUCAUUGUUAUUUUUUUGCGGCCCAGUAUUAAUUGAUCCACAGACCGUUACCGGUCCAGAGCCCUGUGGUUGGGGGCCUCUGCAUAUUGUGAUCUGACUUGUUCACAGUAGGCAGAUACUUUUAAAAAACAUAAUUUUAACGUAAGAGAAAGAACCAUAUAUAACACAUUUAUCAAAAUUAUUUGGCCAUAAGCAGAUUUAAGCUUCAGAUAAGAUUAAAAAUGUGUUAUUUCAGACAUGUUUUUUUAUGUAUUUAAUGACAAUCAAAAUAUUGAUCACCCCGUGCUGUGGCUCUGUGGUGGAUUGAGGUGCAUGACAGCAACACAGCAUAACAGAUCAGACUGGUUUGGACCAGUUUAUCAGUAUACCCUGUUUACAUCGUCGUAUGUUUACUGAGCCCUCAAAAAAGUCACGUGUGCAGAUUUGUGUUCAUGCAUUUACAAUCAGGGUGCAUAGAUUGUUAUCCUCAUUACGGAUUUGCAUGAAGGCCUUAUUAUUUUUUUCUUUACCUUGGCACCUCAGGGAUCCUUCCAUGUGUUUUAAGUAGAGGUGUAACCGAUCCAUAGGAGACAGGGUUACCAACUGAAGCUGAGGGUUCUGGCAGGGCUGUGGCUGGUUGAGGCUAAAGUAUACUGAGGAGGAAGGAAGGUGGCACAGUGGAGAGGCUUGGUGUGGAUUGGCGCUGGAGCUCAGUGGUGGGAGGCACUGGAGGCAAGGACAGGAGACAAAAGAUUAGUCACAAGAAAAUGUUUCCAAGGGCCAAAAUCAGCUUUCUAAACUGCAAAGACUGCUAACACUGACCAACAAUACCACAGUGAGAGCGGUAAUCAUCUGGCAGAGUGGAUGGGUUGAGGCAGGGUAGCUGCAGGUGGUUGAGAGAUGGGGUGCAGGUGUGAAUGCAGGAACUUCUGAGAAACCAAAUACACAGAAAAGAAACACUGAAAAGUAUGAAAAAAAAGAAGAAAAUACUAGAUUGUGACAAAUGGGUCGAUUACCUUAAUGUACAGACUGCUGUUAAAAGAAAGAGUGCAGAAAUGCAACAACAAGCAUGCCCUGUCCAAACUCGCAGGAAUUUUGAAAUUUGCAUAAAACUUUUUUGGGGUUUUUUUUUUUCCAGCUUUUAAUAUGUAAGUUUUGCUCUAUGUUCAAUUGAAUGUUUGUAGGGUCAAAAUGAUUUAAAACUGUUAUAUUCUGUUUGUAAUGACAUUUUACACAGUAUAUCAAAGUUUAUGGGGCUGGAAAAAGAUAAUUUUAAAGGUACAAAGUGAGAAUGAAUGAUUGUUGUAUUGGCUUCUUGUCACAUUGUCAUGCUGUUUCUUUCUGUUUCUGCUCUUCCCUUGCAUGCAAAAAUCAUUGCUUUCAAUGUCAAAGCAGACAUCACAGCAAAACAGCCUCCCUUUCAGGCUCUUAUCACGAGCUACAUGAUGCAAGGUUCAAUUAAUCCUGUCAAACAAGCUGCCAUUUGAAGGAUGUAAAGAGUGUGAAAGCAGCCAGGGCAACUGCAGCAGGUAGAUUGUAUGAUUUAGUGUCUUUUGGCAUACCGGAGAGCCAAGCAGCACAUGAGAGAGGGCAUAGAAGCACCUGAGGGAGUCCUUCACAGGUCAAACACAAAUAGAAAAUCAUUUAUGUUAAUUCCUGCGCACUGUCUAAUCCACCUCACUCCUAUGUCUGCAGACAGAGGGCAGACAGAACAAAACAAAAUAAACAAAAGGAGACAUGCUGAAAACUAAAGUGUCAAAUUUGUCUGACUGAGAGGCCGUGGUGCCGACACAGCGACACAACUUCUUCCACAAACAGAACAUACCUGCAGGGAUUAACGCUGCGUCUGUCACACAUCCAGCCGGUCUUUGACAACCGUCACGCACCCGGACAUCCGUCAUCCCGGCUGGGGCUGCUUGAAGCUGCAAGUAGUGACAGUAUUAUCAGGAGGAGGCCCGCUGUGAGACGGAGAGUGGGACUGAGAUAGAAAAGAGCAGAACCUCAGCAGGCAAUGUCAGAGACCCUUGUGACUCACAGCUGGACUGCAGCUCUGCCAUGAAAAGGUCUUAUAGAGACAAAAGUAAACCGCCCAUACAUUGGACAACAAAAGAGUUCUCCAACAUGGAGGAAGUUGAUCACAAUACCAGGGGUCCUGAACUAUUAACAGUUAGAAUAGUACAAAAUUAUAUAUAUAUUUUUUUCCUGUUUAUGAGAAUACUGUUAUAUCUAAAUGUACCAUUGACAACACAUACCAACUAAUCUUCAGAUGGACAGUUUUGUAAAACGAUUCAGAAUAAAGGCCUGCUCCUAUGAAAACAUUAUCUACAUCCAAAACCACCACAUACUGGCUAGGAACGAAUAAUUACCCAUCAAUGGUCAAUUUCCAAUAUUGUAAUUCAUUCCAUCUCUGCUCUAUUUGAUUUUAUAAAUUAUGUAUUUGUGGUCCAAGCCAAGUUAGCUAAACUAACAAAAACAUCUGUUACUUACACGGGUAAAUAAGUGCUUGGAUAGAUUUGUAUCCCAUUAUAAAAUGUGUUAAUCUAAUGUUGUUUGCCACUUGUUGCUGGCUAACUCUCGUUAGUUGAAAGAGUAAGGCACACCCGAAAUUUCCUGGGGCGGACCAAUGUAGUUUGUAACAAACUUUGAUCCUUUCCUUGAACUGGUGUGACUCAGUCUCAAGAGCAGAAGAUUGUUUACUUUUAGUGUGUGAAUGCUCAACAGUAGAGUUCAGCUAGCAUUGUAGUUGAGCAUGUGAAAGCAAUAGGGAAAGUAGCUUACCUUGCUUUAUUUUACUAUUUUAACUAAUAUACAUCUGACUAUAUCUGACCCUUCACAGUGACAAACUUUAGUUGGGAGUAUGGGCCAAUUUUUUUUUUUUAGGUGGAAUGCAGCGACUUCUGAAGUUCUUGUUAGACCACACCAGCAUUUUGUACAUUUGUCAUUUUGUACAUUUGUAAGAAUUUAGUAAACAUGAAAUUGAAUGGUAAUUUGUAAUAUUAGAGAUAGUGAUAUAGAUUUUGUCAUCUUUGAACAAAAAACACGAUCUGGAGUGUGGGAAAAAUGAACAAUAAUCAAAGGAGAUACGCCCAAAUGUUAGAAACAUAUUCUGAAAUGUAAACACAAGUUUUGAAUCCAAGCAAACUAGAUGUUCUCAGAUCAGAUGUUACAUACUCAGACCCGUCACCAACUCAUUGUCUAUCUUUAAAUCUUUGUAUAUAUUCAAUUUUCAAAUUUAAGCCUGUACUGAAAAUUUCAGGUGUUGCAGUUGUUUAUCUUGCUCAUAAAAAAAUCAGUAUUACCCAGAUAUGACUUCAUAUCAUAUCAACAUAACAUUAUGUAAAAUUAUUUUGUUGUGUCUGCACUGAUAUAACAGGUUGCUGCUGUUCAGGGGCUCAGUGUUAUUGCGUUGUUGUGUCUUUCAUCAGGAGAAUGCAGCUUUAGCUCAGCGGGGGUCUACGAUGGUACCGUGUUCAGCAGGAUAUUUCAGAUCCUCUACAGAAAUGAGGAGAUUGCGGUGAAUGACUGCAUGAUCUUCAAAGUCCACCUACUAUUGGACGGAGAAAGGGUGAGUCAUGUGGACGACAUUUUCUGCAAACACACUCACACAUACACAAAUGUGCUUUCCUCGGUGAUGAGAAGAGAGAAUACUGUUUGGCUGCUCAGAGUUUAUCGGCAGCGUGGCUGUAAAAUUCAUGACUGUUAAUUACAGUGAAAGCAGCUGUGUAGUAGGUCAAUUAAAUGGUCAUUAAUUGAUGCAUUUUAUCAUCCACUGUUCCCUCCUACACAGGUUUUUAGUCCCUUUUCCUACCAUGCAAAAUAAGCUAUACUUUCCUUUCAUGAGAGAGAGAUUUAUGUCCGUUAAUUUAAGCAGAACAAUGUGAUGAAUACGUUACAUAAUCAUGCAAAUGAGCAGGAUAGUAGAACUGCUUCAUCUUCCACUGACAGAAAAAUAAAAUGACAUUGAUUGGACUGUUUUUGUUCUGCACGUCUUCACUGUUAGGAGCUUACUGAAUCAUUUACCAUGCAUUUAAAUCCACGGUAUAUGGAAAACCAUGUCCUUUAAAAAUGACAAGGCAGCUUCAUCAAAAGUUAUAGCUAGCAAUAAAUGGAGUGAAACUUAAUAGUAAUCUGAAGCUGUGUCAAUAUAUUGAUUUGUAGAGCAAUGUAUCUUUUGUUUUCUGUCAGGAUUACUGAAAAUAAUCAAUUUCAGCAGAUCCAACUCAAUCCUAACAACCAGACUGACUGGUAUUUAUUUCAAUGAAGGUAAGGUGACCAGACGUCCUCGAUUUCCGGGGACAGUCCCCGAAUUGGAUGAUCUGUCCCCGGCAAAAGCUGUCCCCAGAAAUGUCCCCGAUUUAAGCGUUUCAUGAAUGAGAACAAAAAUGUUGCGUGUGGGCUCGAACAACGGUUAUUACAGUAGCCGAAUGGUUAGGAAGCACAAGUAAGCAGUCCUGAACAACAGUUCUUACGGGGGUUAUUAUUGCCCCACCAAAUGUCCCCGGAUUUCAUUACAGAAAUCUGGUCACCUUAAAUGAAGAGGACUUUGCCCCUGUUCUUAACAUUGACUCAUAAUAGCACCCUAGUUCUGUUAUGGUAUCAUUAAUAUUUAUGUAUCAAUAUGUAAUCAGUCGGGCUGUCAGCACUAAUAUGUUAAUUGGGAUGCUAUUGAGGUCUGAAAUUAAUGCAUUGUUGUCUUUGUCAGUGCUAUUUCAUUUCCCUUUUGAAAAACUGCACUUUGAAUGACAUAUUUCACUUUGAAAAAAAAAAACACUCAGCAAUUCAAUUGACAAACAGAACCAAAACACCACCAAAGCAAUUUUAGUUUUAGCAAACAGCUAAACAGUGCAGCUAAUUUGUCUCAUGGCAUCAAAAAAGCAGGCAGUGCUUUGUUAUAGAGUGCAAAUCACCACAGACAUGAGAAUAAAAUCUUACCCAAUAAGUUAACAACACUUGCUAAAUGGUUGUACAUUUGUAUUUGCACAAUCAGCAUGUUUAUGAAUGUUUUACUGUCUUAUAAAGAAAAACAGAACAAAAACAUUGUAUUUCACUGACUCUGAGCACUUUGAAACCACCUCCUGCCGAUAAGUAAUGGUUUCUGACCACACAAGUGUAGCAGUGCUGUGUUCAUUUUUAAAUAAUUAAUGUACAUUUCAUUGCAUUUAAUUGAUUCCAAAACAAAGACUCAUUAUUAUAGAUUUUAAAAUGCUUUGAAAGGCAAAAUUGAGCAAUUUUAAUCAUCUGAUCAAAAAUGCAGUUCAUGCUGUAAUGCUGCAAUGUAUUAUGAUUGAAGAACGACCGAUCAGCAGCCCCCUGUAUGAUUAUUUUGAUUUUCUGUUUCAUUAAAGUGGAACUAAUGUGUUAUUAGCAAACAAAUUGGUACUUAUAACUGAUUAACUGUUUGGCAGGUGAAAUCUUUAUCUUGAACUAACUGUUGACUUUCCAACCAGCCGACCAUCAAUGCUUAUAUUGAAAGAGUCACAGGCUGUAGCUGACAGGAGUGAAAUACCCCUGGAUGGUUCAGAAUCAAUCAUGAGGCUGACUGAACACAUCAGGAGUACAAACACAAAAUAGAAAUCCUCAUGUGGCUAACAAGUUUUCUGUUAUCUUUAAAAACAAAUGACUAAAAUGUGAGUGUGUUGAAGUGUGCACUCUUCAAAAUUACCAGGAUUUCACAAUAUUUAACAGUAUUUUUUUGCAGUUAAAUACUGUCAUCAAAAUCCCGUUAUAUCACAGAUACUACCUGAAAGAACUACCUCGACACUGGACUUCACAGCUGUUUCACAAUAAAAUACUUCAAUCUAAAUCCUUUGUAAUAUCACAGGAAUUUACUUGGGUCUUGUAGCUGUAACACUACAGUAUAAGGUCAAAAGUUAACAAGAAAUUACUGUGAUAUCAUUGAACUUUAUUGUAAAACUACAAUACAAAGUUGUAAUUUCACGGCAAAUUACUGUAAUACGGCUUAUCUUGCAGAUGUAAAUCUACAGUAUUAAGUUGUAAUUUCAUAAAGAAAUCCUGUAACAGUACACCUGUGAAGUUACAAGAAGUUAAUUAAGUAAUUAACAGUGAUUUUAUUUAUUUAUUAUUUAUUUUUAUUCUUUUGACCAAACACUGUUGUAUUAUGAAGUCUGAGCUGUUUAGAUAAAUGUACAGCUAUAGCAGGCUGUGGGAAAAACAUCAUAAACAUUAAGCUGCCGAUCAUUGUCACACACAUCUACCAGCUAGUAGUUGCCAAGAAGAUGCAGGAUUAAGAAUAAUAUAAAGUAGCAAAUAAAUCCUAAAAUAUCAUUAUUUUUGUGUGAAAGUUUACUCAAACUUGUGAAACAGUAUUCUAAAAAAGAGACAAGACUGUCUACACAUCUGUACAGUUUAUCUCCAUGGCAUCUACAUGCUCUUCUUAAAAGCGUUUCUAUCGUCUUUGAGGCUCUGCAUGUCAGAUUAGCAUGAUGAUACAUUUUACAUUAAUAUGUGGAUCACAAGUAAUCUGACUGUGGAGGGUGAUCUCUACACUAGUAUCAGUGUGUCAGAUUUGUUCUUACUCAAAUGUCUUUCAUUUCUUGAAAAUUUCCCAUCAGUCAUGGUACCUGUUGAAAACCAGCGCUGUCAAACAAGCACACAGAGUGAAGCUAAUUGAGUUCAGCAAUUUGCCUCUUUAAAUUAAUGCUCCCUACGUAGACAUAUGCAAAUUGCCCGUGCCCCAGGCUGCCCAUGUUCAGCUGAAAUGAUCAGGCGUGUAAACCUGCUAGACAGUUAUUGAUGUACUGUCCUGGGCGAUUUCACUGUGGGCACGACCCCGAAAAUCCACUCUGCCUGUUUUUGUUGUUGAGAGCCACUGGAGCUCAAAUAGAUCAGCAGUGACAGCAUGUGACAGGCCUGAGGCAGAGAUGUGGGGGAGUUAAGAUGGCUCUGCUUGGAGCUAAUCAUCCAUAUGAUAGCCAUGUGUCACACACUGACAUAACCCUGCUCCGCCACUGAUCUCUGUCAUAUGUGUGCAGUUCAGAUGCCUGGACUGCUAAGGCCACUGCUUCAUUCAGAAUGAAGAUUUUCAUCUUAGAGGAUUUCAUCAAAUUUGUAGACAUUCAUGUUCAGAUUCAGACACAGAGGAGCUUAAAGACAUAUCAGAUUUCAGCCCUCCCAAAGGCUCUCAACUCAUUAACCUUUGGAGGUUAUCUGCUGCUGACAGCCGCAGAUAGCAGGGACAGAAAUAGCCCCUCAUUUCCCCCUGGUUACACACAUAUGUAUGCUUAAUCAAUCAGAACAUUGAUAUGGGACAGAACUGCAAAGAUUCCGGUGUUUGCUGUACAGUUAACGUGCAAACUAAAAGGAUGAGAUGUUUGCAACCUGCAUGCCAAUGAGCCGCUAAAGGCUCCACUCAAAACACAGCUUUUGUAGCUUAGACCUUUUCAUUGUGUUUUUCAUGUUGAAAUAGGUUCCAUAUUUACAUAAGGUAUCAUAGUCUAUGACACACUGACCAUGAAACUUGUUGAAAUGUAUUUAACCUACAUGAGAGGAAAUCCUUGAAACAGUCUGUAGAGUGUCAAUCAAUCCAUCUCAAUCAGCCAUUGUUACUUAUACAGCACCAAUUCACAACAAAUGUUAAUUCAAGACGCUUUACAAAAAGAGCAGGUCUAGACCAUGUUCUUUGAUUAUAUUUACAAAGACCCAACAUCAAGAUGGGAUAAGAUUGACUCCCAUAUAGUCAGAUCAAACCCACUUUGAUCCCAUCCCGCACCACUUUGCAGCAUUUAGCAAAUUACAGUAUCAAGGAAACACUUCCUUUUAACAGGCAGAAAACUUGAGCAGAACCAGACUUUUGUUUAACAAUCAUCUGUUAAGAUUGUGCUGGGAUUAGAAAUGAGCUCAAGGGAAAUGCAGAAAGAAAAAGAUGGAGAUUAAUAACAACGGUAGUACAUACAGAUGUUUGAUUAAAAGCCAGAGAUACUGGAACAAGUAUGUGUACUAUUUACAAGAACAGAAUGAUAAGGAUCAAAGACUGAUUUUAGAUAAACACAUUUCUAAAGCAUUGAGUUACUGAGUGAGCUUUUUAAAAUUAAGAAAAAAAUGAAACAACUUUCAUUCUAUGCAUUUUGAUAAAACCUUCAAUCCUUAUUUGUGAUUGCAGUUUCAAUCACCCAGGAGUUCACAGUGAAAGUUUAAUUUACUUGAUCUUGGAUCAAGAAAACCAGUUGGAUUAACUGGUGGUUGAUGUUCUUGAAGUCACCACCCAUCUUCCAACCAGAUCUCAAAAAUUUUAACACCAACAGAAUUUUCAGCAUUAAAGCAGCAAUUACUCACAUAAACACAUUUAAGAAUUACUUAACUAUUCUGGCUAAAGACAUCAACAAUUGCACUUGAUUUGUGUGUGUUUCUAUGCUCUUGUGUGUCAGUGCUUACUAGCAGAAGGUCAGGGAUUAUAUUACUUUUGCUUUGGAUGUGUGUGUUUUCAGGGCUGGUGAAAAAUCAUUUUUAUAAAUGUGUCAAUACUUUUUCUGUUUCCUAACUAAUUGGUUAAUGGCUGUUAUUGGUGUUCUUUUAUUUAUUUAUUUAUUUAUUUAUUUAUUUAUUGUCUUUGCCUCCUCUGUAAGGCAAAUUGACUUUGUAUUUCUAUCAAAUGUGAUUAUUGAAUUGCUGAUGUCUUACAGGUGGAGGAAGCCUUGAGUGAGGUGGACUUUCAGUUGAAGCUGGAUCUUCAUUUUACAGACAAUGAGCAACAGUAAGUUUUUGAGCAGUUUCAAGAUGUGUCCGCGCGUUUGUGUGUGUGUGCGUGUGUGUGUGUGUGUGUAAAGAAGAGAGAACAUGUUUGUGUGUUUGAGAGAGAGAGAAUGCUAGACUUGCAUCCUGGUGCAGCUUUUAUGCAAGAGUAAGAAUGCAAACUAGGCAUGAAAAAGGCCUAUUAUGUCCUAUGGCUUGUAGCCAUCUCUUUAAGCACCUGAACACUUUAGCGCUUGCAGUACACAAUUGCUGUCAUUUGUCUUUCACGCUUUGGGCAAUAAAAGAAAAAUUGAUGAGUAGUUUGCAUUAGUACAAAUGGCAAAAGGUACACUUUUUUGUUUAGGCUUUACGCUCCUCCUGACCAGAAACUGCACAUUAGUGAGGAGUACUUAGUGUUGUGUUGUGUUAAAACCCUGAAAUCACAGGUUUUGUCAUACGUGUGUGAUUAAAGGACUCUUCAAAGCUACAUACUUCUCAUUAUAAUGCUCACUGGAUGCUUUAGCUAGAGUCUGUAUUCCUACAAAGUAUCUACAAGGUCUCUAUUACCAUUCCAGUCAAGUUUUAGUCUUUCACUUAGACUCUUAUAUAUAUAUAUAUAUAUACACACAUAAUGAUGUUGGGUUAUUCUUGAGCUGCACGGACAUCUUUUUUAGAGUCUUGCUAAAGGUAAAAAGACAUCUUAAGAAUACCUACAGAUCCUUAAACAAAGAGCUGUUUCCUGCUAUACCAAUGGUACAGACAGUCCAGAGUCAAACAUAAUAAUCCGCCUUUUUAGAGCAUACACCAAAACCCUUAAUUUGCAUUUAGUUUCUCAUUAUUGUGCUGAAAUUACCUUUUUUUCUCCUUUAUUUUCAUUCCUCAGGCUGGCGGAUAUAGUGACUGUUCCACUGAUUAGUAGUCGGACCCUAAACCUCCAUUUCCACCCGCGGAGAGGCCUCCACCACCAUGUUCCAGUCAUGUUUGACUACUUCCACCUGUCUGUCAUUUCUGUCUCCACACAUGCCUCACUGGUUGCCUUACAUCAGCCGCUUAUCAGGUACAGUGAGACCUUAAAUUCACAGACAGCAUUAACACUUUGAUUAGAUAUAAAAAGGCACUGGGACGCUCUAUCAAAUGUGGCUGACAGCUAAUUAAAAUGAUGGUAGGGAUUUUUUUUUUUUGAAAAGCAAGCUCUGGCUUGUCUCUGCAUUGUCCAUGCAGGGCUAGCAUAUGUAGCCUUUUCUUAUUUUACAGUCAGCUCAAACCAUCAUGGCACACAGGGCAAGUGUCACUGUGCUCUAAUUAGUUUGAUGUCUGGCACCCAGGUCUUGUAAAAAGCAAAAGGGAAAGAGAGACACACAGUACAAACUACAAUGGUCAAUGACAGCCCACCUUUCCUUGAUAUGAAGCACAUGGAUCUAAGUCCUCAUAAGAUCCUGUUCUAUACUUUCAGCAUGUCCCAAUUUUUAAAUUAUGAAUAAAGUUUUUCUGCUAUGUCUUGUACGUAAAUGUAGGGCUAGGCGAUAUGGCCUUAAAUCAAUAUCACAAUAUAUUGAGCAGUUCACCUCGAUAACGAUAAAUGGACGAUAACUACUCCACAAGCUGCUCACCCCCUCUUUGUCCCUCUUUGUCUACCUCAGCCGAUGCUCCAGCCGCUACAACUUUUGAACUGUCCUCCAUCUCCUCACCUGUCUUUCCCUCUAGGGGUGGAGUCACGUCUCCGAUGUAGGACGUAGCGUCUUAAAGAGACAUGAAACCAUAGCCUACUGUACCUCCACACAUCCAAAAAAAACUAUUGUUUAUUUAUUUUUUUGACACCGUAUAUCUUGACAUGGGCAAAAUGAAGUCAGUUAUUGUUGUAAAUUUCGGUAUCAGUAAAUUUCGGUUUAUCGCCCAGCCCUAAACUCACACCUGGCAGCUAAAGAGAAAUGAGAGCAGACACAGAUUCAUGUUACACCUAAAACAUACCUUUGAACAAUCUUUUUCCACCGUGCAACUCACAACCUGUACUCAUAUUGAUAAAUGGAACCAAGUAAUUUCAUGAUGUGUACAUUGAUUACAGAAUAAAAUAAAGGUUCGGGUUAUAAGCUUGUUUGAGUAACAUACUACUGUAAAUUGGUAAUGCUGGGGCUUAUAAAAGUUUUUUGAUCUAGUCCUCACACAUAGGAGAAAAACAUUAUAUUGUUCAUGUAUCUUUAUCCACACCAAUUUGGUAUCUUGACAAAUUCAAAGCUCAUCAGAGCCUAGCUACUGGGAAUACCUGUCCCACAAAUUUAACUGGAAGAGCGGCUCAGUGAAAUGUUUCUUGUAUAUAAUCAAAUUGUACACUUUCACAAUGGAUUGAUUUAGGGGUCUGUGUUUGCUUGUAACAACUAGAACAGAAGGUGAAGGAUCUGCCAGCACAGCCUCUUUCUUCCACUUAUUUCUUUUGGCAGAUACAAUAGGUGUGUCCAUUAGCUGCUGGAAUGAAUACUUUUUCAAACACUUAUCUGAUUAAUUCAGCUGUCAAUACCAUAAAGGCACUGUUUACCCAUGCAUUACAUAGAUUACUUCAGCCCCUGAUUGAUUGGAAUAGUAGCAGCUCCCAUCUCUCGGCUGAUCUGUCUCCCCCUCACACACAAAGACACACACUCACACUCUGUCCCUGCAUGUAUCUUGUUCUCUCUGCAGCUUUGCACGUACAGGGAAGGGCUCUUGGCUGGGGAAAGGCUCACCAGAGAGUGCUAGUGACCCAUCUGCCAUGACUGUGGAGAACCUUGUGUUUGGAGCUGGCUACUGCAAGCCUGUCAUUUCUGAGGUAUGUUAACCUUUAGCAAUCCAGCUGCAUUCUGAUAAAGAAAUGUCACGGACAUUUAGCGGCCCAUUUUGUCUCACAAAGCUGAAAAUGGCCAAAAAUCAUCUGGUAGUUGUCCCCCUUUCAAACUGUUGUAAGCUUCCUUGUAUGCAAGCUGAUAAAUGCCAAAGGAUGACGUAAAUGUGCUCUGAUUCAGGAACAGAGGCCGAUGGAUUUAGAUGUGAUUUGAUUUGGCGUGUCAUCCAGAAGCAGCAGGAUUCAGCCUAAGAACUGAGCAGAGAGUCAUUCUGAUUUGGAUUACUGAUCCUGGACCCGGCAACCUCAGAAUCAGUCAUUUGUUUGGGCUCUGUGGAGUCUUAAGGCUUUAAGACCAGAGGUUAACACAGAGAUUAUUACUGUUCUGUGCUGUGGCUUUUCGUAAUAUCUGAUUAACCCACCUGCCCAGGCAUGCUGGCUCCAGGCUAAGCAUCUGGAAGGGAUAGCAGCUCUCUCUGGAAAUGACAGUGUGGUCUUGUCACCUCUCUUUCAGUCCUCUGUGCUUGUUUGCAGAACAGUUACGCAGCACAAUUGUAUAAUGACAGAAAUAAAGAUCUAAUUUCCAUUAUCAUAAUUAUUCAUUGUGAUUAUAUAGUUUACAGUGCCCUCGCUGCACUCCUCCUACAUUAGCAGCAGUUUCGAAAUCAUCACUUGCUUAAUAAUGCAUUUUAGAAAACUGCAAAGACAAACUUACACCACGACAGAGAGAGUUUACAUUUUUUGGUUUCAGCCAAAGCUUCCUUGAUGCAGGAUUGCUAAGAAGUCAUUAGUAGCAUUAUUUUCACAUAGUCAGGAAUGGCUUUUUCUGGGGCUCAUCCACAUUUCUAUAGAAAUUAGGGUUGGACCAAGUUCAACGCCCCAAUGGUUUGAGAAGCAUCUUAAAAAGUUUAGCCAGUGAAUCCUAAAAGAAAGAUUUAGAAUUGCUGAAAAUGGAAAUACUGACACUUAUAGAAAAUAAAAAUACUGAUUCAAAAUAGUUCAUGUUAAGCGUAGAAACUGACAAAUCAUGUUGGUGUUCUGUGAGAAAUAAAUGCUUAUUUCCAAAUUUUCAUCAGCAACAUGCAACAUAAAACAUGAAACUCUGAAAAAGUUGUGGAAUGCGAAAAAAAUCACUUGGAGGUCAACUGACUUGAUUAAUUUCCAACAGGUCAGUAAAAUGAAUGGGUGUUAGAAGGGGACUCUAAAGAGGCUAAGCCUUUCAGAAAUCAAGGUGGGAAGCAUUUAAAGCUUUUGUGAGAGGCUGCAUGAGCAAUGAAAACACAUGAGAAAGAUACCCAAAUUAAAAAAUUCUCAUCAUUCAUUUAAUAAUUUUGUCAGUCAAAAUUGAUAAAAAUCUGCCAAAAUACUAACAAACCUUCCACAGUAUUGCAGCUGCAUGGCUGCAGGAUGGCCCUGGUCCUGCAGUACAUGAGCAGCUGUUUGUAUUUCCCCUGGAGUUGACACUAAAACCCAGGCACAGUGAUGAGGGACACUGAGGCUCCGACUUGCCUCUACAUCUGCUUUCAAGUACAAAAAGACCCAGUCAAACCUCUUUUAACAGAACGCAACCGACCUUUAGCCACUGAUAACCCUUGAAGAUGUUAAGGUUUCUCAUAGCUGUUCUGUAUACAGCAACAAAGCUAACAAAGUAGCUAAAUAUGCCAGUGAAGCUACAUCUUUAUAUCAUCCUCUCACCACUUUGAUAGAAGAGGGCCAUGGAAUGAUAAAAUUGUCCUGAUUAAGAUGUGACAGCUGAUGUUCCCACAUUUCUUUUAUAUCCUCAAUCGCUAAAAUAAUCACUAUUAGCAUCCAGUCGCUAUGGAAAAUGCCAGUUCCAAGUUCCGUGAUAGAAGGCACCAGAAGACACGCCCAUGAAUCAGGCAACAAGGUGAACAAUUAGCAUUUGUUAGCGUUGAUGACUUGUACAAAAAUGGUCUCAAUGAGAAAACCUUCUUGUUGAGAGUCAUUGUUGGACUAUAACAACAUGUCAUUAUAUUUUAGUUGCAACCUGAAUUCAAAGCAGCUCUUUCCUGGAGUAACCAUUCAUGAAACCAAAUCAUCCUUAGCUUAUCAGUCUGAAAUAUGAAAAGCUGUAAAACCAUUGCUUCUUACUGUCUUUCAUCUAUAACCUACAUUUCUUAGGACCCUGAGGACACCGCAGUCUACACUGUAAACCUUAAUGAGCCCCCCAGUCGCCCCCUCCUUCUCCUGGUUUUUACUCCACUCCUAGCUGGGCACUUUAAUAAGCUCUGCAUUUAGCCAGGCAGGGGGGUUUCGUUUGAUCACAGUAAUGAGUUCUGCUCACAAGCGCCACGUACAACAUAGCUGCAGGUGAACUCUACAAACAAUGCUGCCUCACCUUUAUGUGCUUUUUUUUUUCUUACCUGAAGCUACAACUACAUUUACAACACUUUCCCUCUUUAACAACACAACACUUUCAAACGUUACACUGUUUUACCUGAAAAAGAUGUGUAAACUCUCCCUGAUAUAUCGUUGAAAGUUCCCCUUGUGCUAUGGCUGAAAUGAAACAUGGUUCAGAGGAUAACAACGCAGAAACCAUUUUAGAUUUAUUGUCCUCUGAGAGACUCUUCUCUGCCAGUACAAGACUUCCUUGACAGUAGCAUUGAUUGCAGGCUUAUUCCACUACAUACUGUAAUAAGUGAACUGUUAAAAAAUACAUCAAGAGCGGAAAACAGAACUUCUAAUGUCAGGUGACUUACAACUUGGGAACAACCCAUGGAUUACCAGUGCAGAAAGAAACUACAGCUCGAGGAUAAUGAGUAGUUGAAACUGAAAAAUAGCUAUUUUUCUCCAAACUGAUCCAGGCAGGCCUCAGUAAAGCUGAAGAGAAUUAUGAAAGUAAACAUACAGAUGUUUCUUCCUGGUUCAGGUAUACUCCACUGCUACAAUUACAGAGCGCACACAGGUAUGAUGAUAGGGCUGGAGCCUUCACUUGCUCGGGGCAAAUUACAGUACAUCCCCAGAUCCUUGUGCAUUACAUGCCUUUGAAAGCUCAGAGAGAGCCCCACUGAUGCUGCAAAAACAUCCUAGCCAUGGGAAGAAGCCAGUGGGUCACAGACAGUUUAAGGUCAGGGACUAGCAUAUGAGGGCGGUCAGCGGUAACAUUCAUCAUCAGCUGUUCGCCGACUCCAUAAUGACAGCUGAUGAUGAUAGUUGUUUGGACAGAAGGCCGUCAGCUCUUCAGGAAGAUGAAUAAGAGACAUGGUUAUAACAUCAAGGUGGUGGUAAUUUGUAGCUGUAUGGACACAGCCUUGUGUUGUGUUGCAUUUAUCAUACAGGUACAAUGAUAUCUCAAUCGCAUCGCUUGAGAGCCAUCUACUGGAAAUAUAAUGUAUAUUACAGUGUACAGUAAAUUGAGCUGAUAGUCCAAAGAAAGAGACAGUUUUUUAUCUUCUUAACAAACUGCUGCCCUUUUUAAGUGUUUUUAUCUGACUUUGCUGGGACGUGUUGUUUAUAUAUUAUGCGUUCACUUCCUGUGUGCACUUUUUAAAUGUCUAAUUCCCAGCAUGCCCUUGAAAAACCUUGAUUCUGGGUUAGCUUCCCACGCUUGUGAACUUUUACAGGUCAUAACAGGGUUGUGCUACAUCCUCCUGAUGCCACAUGCAUGUAUUGAUCUGCUUUUACGACUCUGAGCAAGCUGUGUUUAGGGGCCGUUUGUUUUUGAUCUGACCAGCCAAUUCAAGUGCUGCAGUUGGCAGCUAUAAAGCUCAAGUAUGCGGACACAUCCGUUAUUAAGGAAGGCCAUUUUCGGAGAGGUGACUGCUGACCUACAUAGAAGCUAACAUUUCCUGUGUCUCCUUCUCUGCAGGGAAGCUUUUAUGUGCCCAGUGAAAACUGCCUGCAGAGAGCUCACACGUGGCAUCGAAGACUCUGUCGCCUCCUGCUGGUGGCAUAUAGAGGCCUUCACACCUAUCACACUGCACUGAUGAAGGAGAUCCCACAGCUCCAGCAGACGCCUCUGGAGUCAGGUCAGCCCAUUUAAACCUGUUUUUUAAAUGGAAUAUUAUUUAAUACUAGAUUUAGAAACACUUGGAAGUUUCUUUCAUACAUUGCUUAAAUGCAAUGUGCCCUUAAAAAUCCAAUAUCAGUGUUUUUUUAGUUUUUAUUAUGCCUGAAUUAAUUUUUUGAGGACUCUAUCGGGAGCAGUGAUGGCAGGAUGCAAGAUGUUAGAAAGGUUCCAACAGUGUAACCAUAACUGUCUUAUAAAUGCGAUUUAAAAAUGUAUAUAUUUAUAUAUGGGAUGCAUCUACAAUGGAGUGGUGCCCAAGAAUAAACUGAAGAAGAUGGGAAUCAGGGCUAUCAUGAUGUCAUAUUUUUCCCUCAAGAUUAAAAUCAUCAUAAUGGUAACUCAACAUUUAUAGAAAACAAAAAGGAAAACACGUCACACAACCACCAGCCAACUACGCCUUAUCCCUUACUUUAUGUUAUACUCAUACACUUUGUGGAGUUUAUUUCUUAAAUUAUAGACAAAUUGGUUAUUUCUCAAAUUAAUUCUUAGAUGAUUCAACUUAAAAUUUCUGUUGGUGUUAAGAUUUUUUCUUUUUUUAAAUAAAGUUCUGCAGACUGUACUAACUUAUGUGACCUAAUCAGAUACAGAUUGUAGUUAAAUCACAUGCACUUAUCCUAUGAAAACCGUCUCUCCACAGAGGUGCUGCCUGUAGAAGAAACUCUAAAUACACUCACCAUAGAGUUACAGGUAUGUUUAUCCGUUCAUCUACUUAAGUAAUGCAUGAGUCCUGUUUUUUUUUUUUCUUUUUUCUAAUGCUGGAGUCGAUAAAAGAUGUGCCAUUUGUUCAAUUUGCUCAGCAUUAACUACUGAUGAAAUCACACGUCUUUAUGUAAUGAGCACUUCUAAUUAACUGCUUAUUAAAUUGCAUCAUUAUCCUCAGUGAUUUCCUUUAAUAGUUUUGUAAUCUUUUUAUUAAUAAUGCUAUUUUUAUCGUUGUCUAAUUUUCUUGGUGAAAACACAUCGAGCCGUUUUGAGUUAAAAGGUGCCAAAAUAACAAUGAUGCAGCUGAAUCUACUUGAUCCUUUCAGAAUGUAUGUAUGUAUGUAUGUAUGUAUGUAGUCCAUCUCAGCUAACGUAUGAAGUAACAGUGAAUUAGAGUCCCCUGACUGAGGAUAUUUUAAAUAAGAAAUCAUGAAAUAGAGUCAUGAUAGAUUCAUGAAUUGCUUAAGAAAUUAAGUGUAAAAUGUAUGCAGUACACAGUGUGUUUCUAUUGUUUUUUGUUCAUAUCAAUUUUUAAAAAGUGAAUUAAUUCCCAGACAGGUAGAUGAGUCUAGCUGAUAUUACCCUCAGGCCUCCAAGAGAACAGCCUGACUUCAUUGAUUAAUGAGUUUUCUACAGUGAUCCAAAGACAUGCAGGUCAGGUUGACUGCAGACAGGUAUAAAUACGUUGGCAGGAAAACCAAGAAUCCUAUUAUAGAAUGACGCAGACAGUAUUUUGGGAGAACAUGUUUGAUAUUGAAGGUGUAUCUUUUUUUUUGACCCUAUCAGCUGCAGGACAGCCAUGAAAAAGUAGGAGAGCAGAUCAGCAGGGAUGUGAGCCAGCUCUGCUCCCAGCUGACUGCUCUGUGGAGCAGCUUCCUGGAGGCUGCUGUGUUCAACCCCCACAUCCUCUCCUACCUGGCCCAAGAGCACCACACGCUCCGGGUGAGAGACACAAACACACACACAUGCACACACUUCAUCAAAGGCCUGAUGAUACAAUACUCGCUGUUAUCUGUGUGUUCUUUGAACCUCAGUCCAGACAGUUCCAUAUUAGAAGUGCAAUGAAGAUGACUUAUGUAGUUAUGUUUAAAUUUAGAUAUUUUCAUCUUGCGCACCCACACUGGAAUACAGAAAUACAGCAAACAAUGAAAAAGGUUUCAUAACCAUUUGAAUUCUAGCUCUGGAGACAGAGCCUUAAGGCAUGAUGAUUUUAUUUUCUUUAAAGAGCUGUUCAGUAAUUUUUUUAAACACAGCUCUCAAAUAAAAAUGGAAAAGUAGAGGUGUCACAUUUUUCUAUUCUGAACUGGAAUUGAAGGAAAUGAGCAGUAAUUGUUGGUUGAGAAAAUUAAAAAGAGGGGAUAAGUUAGAGAAGGGGGUGGUACAAUUCUCCCUCUAGUUAGAGGUUGGGUGAAUGUAGUCGUUCACACUCUAUUGUGUGUUCAUUUAAGGGCAGAUCUGAUGGCCCUUUUAGGUGCUUUCUGAUAUUACUUACUACUUUUUCUUCACAUCAGCAAGCUUUCUCUUUCUUUAAUACACUACAUUAUUUAAGACUUUUAAAGAAAGACAAGCACUUUUAAAGCGUCUAAGCAUAGCUUAUCUGCAACCUGUAGCAACAUACUUACAGACACAAAAAUCACUGUUGGAGACAAAGAUACACUAAAAAGUUCAAAUGAGUACAACAGAACAGAAAGUCCCCUCCUUUGCUGCAAAAUUUGGCUAUCAAUAGUAGGAUCCUAAUGGCUAUGUGUACUUAUACAAAAUAUUAUUCUUGUUUUGCCUUUAAAUCACAGACCAUAUAUCAGAAAGAGACUUAGCCUCUGAUUUUAAAAAUGAAUCCUGUGUGUUUGUCUCCUUAACGGACCCCCUUUUUAAAAGUCAGUAAAUUUCUUCACUUAUUGAAUAAAGAGGCUUAAGGCCAAUGUUACCACCUGGCUAAAUCAGUUAAAGCCUAGUUUAUACUUCUGUGCUGACACUACACCAUAGUUACACCAUACUGGCCUACCCUGUUGUAAACACAGUGUAUUUUUGCAAUCAAGUGUAGACACUUAAAUAAACCUCUCUACUAUGUAGUAUUUAGUGGGCAAAAAGUGAGCAGCAGUCGCUAAGUUAAAAAGGGAAGGGGUGCAAGAAGAGAUGAGCUGCACAACCACUGAAUCAACACAGGGGGCGAUACUGGAAAUGUUAUAAAUGCAUGAAAUAUGAUGCUACCAAGUGGACCAAUCUUGCUGUCUGAGGGGUUAACAGUUACAUUUUUGUCAGGUGCACUUCAGGCUGUGUUUGUAGGCGUCUAUGUAGGUAUAGGUCUGUAUCGACCUGCUGUGUAGUUUUGAUGCAGAAAUAAGAACCAGGCUUCAGUCCUCUUCUAUUAUACAUACAAUCCCGAGACCCUUCAAAAAAUCCCAUCGUGAGAAUGGACAGCACUGACAGUAAACAGGCAUGAUUGCUUCUGUUACUGUGGUAAACACCACUACUCAGAGGAGUUCCUCCCUGUAGACAUCUCCAGAAAACAAAGGCUCUUCAGAGCAAUAAGAAUCCAUUGUUAAGCUCAGUAACGUGAACCCAUCCAAGCGAUUAAGUACGGCCUCCAAUACAGUUUCUAUGCAAUCUUUGAGCUGCUGCAAUAAGAGUGCUUCACAGUGGAGUAGCUCUUAAGGCUCUCUUAUGUCGCCCUGCUUCAUCUUAGUAGUCUGAAAAUAAUGAACAUGUUUGCUUUAGUAUCACAGUACCCUGAGGCAACACUGUGAUGCCUCCACCCACAACUGGAGACAGGAUUUCAAUUAGCGCUUAUUCUGUAAUCAUUGUCGGGUAAUAAUACAGCAGAAAUAGUGUUUCUGGUGAUUUGCCUGUCACAGUGUCUGACUUUUCAAGGAUGAUUUGUUUUUAAGUGGAGCCAGAAAGGAAAAGCUUUUAGAUCACAGACAAAAGCGAAUGAUUUGAAACUCUCUUUGUGUGCUAUGCUUGUUUGACUCAGUGCAACUCACUGUUUUCCUCAUAUUAUGCUUCAGCACUGUCAAAAUGAGAAUAGGCUGAAACCAUGUUGACUUUUGUUUUGUCGGUUUUCAGGUCAGGAGGUUUUCAGAGGCAUACUUUUUCUCAGAGCACCCCAAAGAGAUUUCUCUGACUUUUCAAGAGGAACUGUAAGUGAUGACAUGUUGUGCUUAAAAAAAACGUCUCUUAAUUCUAGCAUUAGAGGGCAGUGUUUCACUUGGGAUGUAAUUCUUCCCAUUAGAAUUAACAGACAUGGCCAGAUAGCUGCAGAAGUGCGGGGCUCAGACUACUUGAUGAAGAUGCCUCCUUUACCUGUUGAGUGCCUGGAUAUCGAUGGAGACUGGAACAGCCUACCCAUCAUCUUUGAAGAUAGAUACGUGGAGUCUCCUCAAACAGGUAGUUUGUACAUCUGCACACUGAUAUUUGUCUUAAAAACUACAACCUAAAUAUGUUGAUACAUUAUCUCCAGGUAUAUCACUUAUCUGUUUUCAAUUAACCCAAAAAAGUUUGGAGACCUUUUUUGGUGUUUUUUAGCAGUGCACAACUUUUUGCUUGUGUUUUGUUGUCUCUGUCUUAACAACAUGUUGGUCUUUACCCUGUUUUCAAUCAAACAUAGAGUUGAAACCACUAGAAUCUUUUUAUUAUUUAUACUUAUUAUUUAUUUUAAUUUUAUUGUAUUUUUUAUUUUAUUAUUAUUAUUUAUUUAUUCUUUAUUUAUUUAUUAUUUAUUAUUAUUUUAAUAUUAUUAUUUAUUUUUAUUUUAUUUAUUUAUUAUUUAUUUUUAUUUUAUUUAUUUAUUAUUAUUUAUACUUAUACAAUAUACCACUUUUUUGGAAUCACAGUUGUAACACUUAACCAAGGAUCUAAAGUUGUCCCUUAUCUUUUCAGAUAAGGUAUCACAUGUGCCAACCGCUGACUGGCAGACCGAGUCAGACCGUGCCAUCACUCCUGCCGAAGUCAUUUUUGAAAGCCGCCAGGAAGCCAGAUCACCAGCAAUACCUGAGGAUCCUUUGGAUAGUGAUGACUGCAUGGACCUGCCUACAUAUGUCUCACUCAUAGGGGGGCAAAGUAUCAAGACCAGAACAAACACCAGAAACCAGCAAUCGAUUUCUGCCGUGGAUAAUGUUGAACCCUCUCCAGCAAAGGAAGAAGACUUAAAGAAACCAGAAGAAAAUCAAAUCCAGCUUGAGGAGAGCUGUGAUCCGGGCCUGAGGUACAUCGAAGUUAAGCCUUCUGAUGUGGAAGGGGGGAAAGAAGCUCGCUCGUCGGACCACAACAGCAAUGAAGAGGAGUCUGAUAUUGCUAUGCCAUUAAAUAACUCCAUGGAUGAUGAGAUAGAGGAUGUUCCUUUCACCGGCCUACCCACUCCCUAUGCACAUUCAGUCGUACCUUCCUUUCCUAGUGAUCUCAGGAAGGAGAUGUCUCACCGUGGAGGUCUGGUUGGUUCCAAGAUCAUGAAGCGCUCAUCAUCAGUUAUUUCAGACUCAGGUAUCGAGAGCGAGCCCAGUUCAGUGGCCUGGCCCCUGGAGGCAGCACUGCGAGGCAGACCGCCCCUGGAUUUCUCCAGUGAACGAGAGAUCCCAAAGCAAAUCGUAUGUCGCCACCCGGUCCACCGCAGCUCUUUGGAAGGCCUGCGGCUUGAGAGCAAUGGCAGCAUUCCAAGUGGUGGUAUACAAGCCUCACUCACCUCUAUCAGCUCCCUGCCCUAUGAAGAGGACCAGCAACAGAGACAGCUCAGCAAACUCACCAAGUCAGUCUCUGCCCCACAAAUAAGUAGCCCCGAAGACACUGAGGGGGACCACGUGCUGCUACAUCAAGAAACAGAUACAAAUAGCUUACGCCAGGAUUUAUCCAACAUCACUUGCCCCUCUUUGAACGACAACUUGGACUUGGAGCAAUUGGGAUCACCCAUUUCGAGUUCAACAUCACAUCUAGAGCAAAAUCUUAAGGGGAAUACUAGCUCUGAAAUUUCAGACUCUCUGUACCUGUCACAGACAGACAGAACCAAGUCAGUGUUAAGUGGCGUGUCUGAGACUGUUGAAAGCCCGUAUGUGAAGGAAAGCACUGAUAUUGACAGCCAGGGGGAAAAAAUGAACCAUCAAACACACACCAGUGGAGUUGGCGCAUUGGUGGAUGAUGUGCAUUUCAAUGAAAUGGAAGCGGCUCCCUGCAGCUGUGAGAAGACAACAUGUGUGCAUAGAAGUGCAGUAGAACAGGGGAGAAUUAACACUGGAGAUGAGUACCAAAGUUCCCACCAAACCACUUUGCAUAGUAUCAAGGACAAGGAGUGUCUUGAUCCCUCCCUAGAGUCCUCAAGGCUUCAACAUGCCCCAGCAAACUUCUCCAACAGUACUAGCACCACCACACAGAGGCCGUGUGACCUCACAGGGCUGAAAGCCAAUGACAUAACAUCAUCUGUUGAUCUCAGUCGAACAUCAACCGGUGAUAAAGAGCCUUUAGACUGCCACACUAAGCCCUCUAAGAUCCCCAACUCGAGUCUGGCUUUUGUGAAUAAGAAGAUGGUGGAGGUGGUGAACAUGUCAGUGUCUUGUGCCCCAACAUGCCUGCCAUUUUCAUCAGCUCUGAGAGACUCACCAUCUAUUAGUGGAAUUUCCACUCGCCAGGCUACCUCACCUAUUACCCAUCAACCCCUGGGCUCUUUCGGUAUCAUCUCCUCAUCAUCACUCAGUCCUCUGAACAUGGAUGACGAGACCAAUGAGCGCAUGCUGAAGUAAGUAUUUGUUUGGACUAAGUUGGUGACUCUCAGUUCGUUACAAAAACAGUCUACCAACCACUGAAACUGAUACAAAGGUGGUCUUACGCACUUUACAUUUAAAAACAAAUCUCAAAGUGCACAACAAGACAACAAUAACAGUAAAAACCAAGCAACAGGGCAAAACAAUAAAAAAACAGUCAGCAGAUUAAAUCAGAUAGCAGAUUAAAUCAGAUAAAAUUAGUCCGGGUAGGCUUUCCGAAAGAGGAAGGUUUUGAGACUACCAACCACUGAAACUGAUGCAAAGGUGGUCUUACCUUCAUUAUCAGGCAUAUGAGCCUUAAUCUGGCAGAGAAUGAACAACUUUAACUUUAUACUAACAGCUGUUUUCAACAAAUUAAAAAUUGGUAUACAAAAAAAAAGUGUUGGAAGUAAGGCAUAGUAUUUGAACCUUGUACCGUUGGCAUCUUAAUGAGAUUUGAAAAUAGAUAUCAAAAGUAAUGUUAGCUAGACAGGUGAUUGGUCCAGGCAUAUUCACCUUUCAGACAAUAAUAGCUGAGAUAGGCUCCAGUACCUCCAUGGAAGUGGUAAAGAUAAUGAAUGGAUGGUUGAAAGUAACAUUUCCCCUUCCCCAUUACAUAAUUUUUCAUCCACAUCCAUUUUCAGAUAUAUCUUUAUAAGGACGUGAAUGAAUGUUUAAUGCUUAUGUAAGAAUGGUAGUACGGCCUGGUCGCCCCCUUAGAUUAUCAUUGUCUUUGAGGCUGCCAAUCAAUCCAGGUGCCAUGUUGUGUCCAUCAACAAGGACACAACAGUAGGGCGUGAUAAUGAUAUUUGAGCAUCCAUCCCAAUGUAGUGGCAGCAGAUGGCUGUCCUAUAUGAGUCGGGUUCUGCUCAAGGUUUCUGCCUGUUCAAAGCUUGCUCUAAGUUGCUCAGUGCUGCACAGUGUUAAACUUGUGAUGGAGGAUGGACUAGAAAUCGGUCUUAUCUUGCAAGAUGGGGCUGAAUCUCAAUCUAUCUUUACAUAGGGUCAUUGGAAAUAGAAUUUGUCGGUGUCCUGGGAUAAAACUUGUAAGUUUAAAUAUUGAUUGAUUGAUCACCACCAUGAAAAUAUGAUGUUGUGUUUGAAAACCUCUUCAAACUCAUCUAAAAUUUGUAAUUUUACUGCUUUAUUGUCCAGGUCUACUUUUUUAAUCAACAUCAUGCUCUAUUUUGAUAAUGCUGUGGGUAAAUGAAUUCAUUUUCAUUUUAAAUUAAGGGCACAAUGCCAUUAUAUCCCUGUCAGCGCUGACUAACAUCCAGAUAACUGCUGGCUUCGUAUCACAAACAGAGCCAGCGAUUUUGAUCUGCAGCCCGCACUAGCUCCCUAGCUAAUGUCUUCUUUUUAUCUACAAUCAUGGAAACAUGUCUUAAAUCGUACAUUAGCUUGCUGGACAAGCCACUGAUCGAAUGUCUGCCAGGGGAGAAGUGCUGAUGUUGGCAACUAAAACGAGAUAGCAGAUAGCUUGUCUGCAAAAGCACUACAAAAGCUAAAAAUAAGCUGUAAGUGUCAGAAUAAGUCACUGCAGACAAAUUUUGUUUUUAGCUGUGUAAGCUAACCUUUAGCUCUGAUCUGAAGUUUCAUUUACCCAGUCCAAGAAAAUAACACAUCUAGGUUAAGAGUGCCUGAUGCCUAUAAUUUUAAAGCAAAGACAUCAUCUAUUUUUGAUAUUUUUUAAGAUUUACACUUUCAAGCGAAAAAUUAGGCAACGUUUGUAAUUUCUCUUGAACCUUGAGACUAAAUGCAUCUGAUGUUUUGGUUCAGACAAAUAGAUAUAAUACCUAUUGGACUUGGGCUUGAGCACAUAAUAAAUCAUAAAAUUGCAAGCCCUCUAGCAAGGAAACUUUCUUGGACUGAGAUUAUAAUCCACAAAAAAAACUACAGGAAAGAAGGCCAAAAACAUGAGGUUGUAUGUGUUUCGAAGACGGGGGAUGACAUCUGGUGUGGUAGCUGGCAGUAACUCAUACUUGGAAAGCUGAGCAUAUCAAAAUGAAGUGAGGGCAAAUUUCAAGCGAGGAAGUCAAGAUGAGGUGAAAUGCCUCCUGGGUGUAUUAAAUCACAUCAAAGAGAGCAGAAAAAUCCAUCAUGAUUAGCUGGGAGUGCAGGAAUUGGAAUUGGAUUUGUUUUGACUCCUGCACUGCCAAAAUAUGCAACCUGGUUGGAUGACAGGGUAAUAAAACUUAGAUGAUGGACUUGUAAGUCUGGGAGACUUUUGUUUAGAAGCCUCAGAGUUAAAAAUGAAUCACACUGAAAGAUCCAAGGCAGUGUUUCGCUUCUGUUUUAUACCAAUGUGAGGGUUUUACCUCUUCAAGAAGCACUUUUACUUUUAUAUCCAAACUUUCCUGUAGAAUUGAAUCUUUGGCCAUUUGCAUUUUAACUCUCUGUGUGUGUUUUGUGGUGUCUAAGACUGUACAUAAUACUAGUCUCUGCGCAUUCACUUAAUUUAUUGCUUAUGCAGAACAUGUUUUUUUUUCUUUUCUUUUGUUCCAAAUGUCAUGUCCUUUUUAUCUUCCAGUUUCUACAAAGCCAAAGAGGACCUGUUCAAAGAGUUGAGCUUUCAGGCCAGCUUGUACAGCAACCUUCCUCUGCUGGCAUCAGAUCUGCCCUAUUUCCCUCCAGAAGAGGACGAUGAGGAGUUUGAUGACGGCAUACACCUCGUGGUUUGUGUCCACGGGCUCGAUGGUGGGUCGACAUACAGCUUAGGAAUCUUGACUUUUACAAAGAUUUGAACAGAGAAGUGCGCGACUAAUUUCAAUUUAACAAUAUUCAUACAGGGCUGCUGAUAUGUGAAACAUGCCUACUACUACCCUUGUCAAGAUUUAUGUUUAAGAAAAAUUCUCCUCAAAGACUGAAUCUUUUGGGGUUUUUUUUUAACAGAGAAAGUGAUUUUAUUUUUAAGUACACAUAGAAUAAAUCUUAUUAAGUGUAUUUUUAACACUUUCAAACAGCAUAAUGUGUUCAAUGUCUUAAACUGUUGCACGUAAAUGGAACAAGAAAAUUAUGAUCUGUGGAUGAAACACCCAAAUAGCAACAAAUAAUUAAACCCCAUGAUAAUGAUGAUAACCUGCAGUCUAUUUAAUGGGUGAGUGCCCAGGUAAUGAGCAAAUCCUCAAUCUUUUUUUUCCUUGUUUUUUAAUUUGCACUCUAAAACACCCUUUUCUGCUUUUCAUCUUUAAAUUACACUAUGUGGAACCAUAUUUUUCAGUUGUUUGGCAUCUAAGCUGAAUUGAUAAUCUUAUAUUUGAGACAAUAUGGUAUUUUGGUGUCUAAUUUUCUGAUGUGUUGAAUUAUAAAAAAGGGGUUAGGGUCUACAGGUACAUAUAAGUGUAGUGAGGUAGAGAGCAAGAAAAGAUUGGCUCUAGUGAUAGUGAUGGUGGUAGAAGUGAAGAGAGUAUGCAGGAGGAGCCGGACACUGAUGAGUUUAGAUGGAGGACGUUUGCAAAGUUGAAACUGAAACAAUGUCUGAAAAGAAUUUUUGGUGGCAGCAGGUGGUUUGGUCGAUGGAGGUUUAUACUUGAAAGAGUUAGCACCCAUAAUCAGGUGGUGAUUAUGGGUCGACAAAACAGAAAUAGAAGAGCGAGACAGAUAUAGUGAGAUGAGCUGCUGUGAAAGAAUAAAUUAAUAUAAAGGUCUUCCUGCUUGAACUUAAGCUGAGCUUCACAUCAGCUUUAAAACUUGAUGCAGCCCCCUUCAUGGUUCUCUUUUAGUCUUUUUUAAUCAUUGUAAUCUAUCACUUUCAGGUUUGAAAGGUUAUAGAUAUACAGCAAGUGCUUUUUAGCUUAAAAGUGGAGAAAAUUGAUGAUUCUCUUGAAUACCCCAUGAAGGUAUGGUUAAUGUAUGUCCACUGCUCAUCACACUUGAAAACACUACCAUAAGUUGGUAUUUAAUACUAAUGGUAAUUUCUUAUCAUAAAGCCUUAUAAAUAUAGUUACAAGGCUUUACAAAUGAGUGGGUUUCCAUUGAGAGUUUCCAACAUGUCUUUUAAACAUGCUGUGAAAAUCUCAUGUACCAUUAAACUGUUGUGAUGGUUGCAGUUACAGUUUAGAGAGGUAAGACUGUUUCUAAAAAUAGAGCCAAAACCACUUAGAAAAACUCUUCAUACCCUGUAGUCUUAGAGUAGAAACUCAUUGAAGCUUAAUCUGGAUGUGUCUUAAAUGAUAAAUGAGCUAUCUUCUUAAGAGAUCGUAUGUAUAUUAUCCUUUUUACCACCAGGAAACAGUGCAGACCUUCGGCUGGUGAAGACUUUCAUUGAGCUAGGACUGCCAGGAUCCAGGCUUGACUUCCUCAUGUCUGAGAGGAACCAGGUACAUUUGCACAUUUGCAGAUCACAGUGAUGGGAUCACACUGAUAAAAAAAUGUACAGUCACAUUUUUUCACAAAAGCCGCAUAGCAAUUUGUGAAGCGCUGACAGCUGCGCUUUUCUUUGCCUCCUCCUCUCCCUGCAGAUUGACACGUUUGCAGAUUUUGACACCAUGACGGACAGGUUGUUGGAUGAGAUCAUUCAGCAUAUCCAGCUGUACAAUCUCACCAUUGGCAGGAUAAGGUUAGUUACUCAGAUCUAAUACUGUGAAUCAUUCAUAAUACUGACAACUCUGCUUUUCGAUUGAUUCAGACUGAUUAUUCAAGGCCAAGUCUAAACAAAAGCAAUAAUUAGGCGUGAGCUGAAUUGUCUGUGGCCAGUAGAUGGCAGCAGAGACAAAAAAAAAAACAUUGAUACACUGAUGGCUCUUACGUGCCCUCACUUAUGAGAAUCACUGUUUUAUGAAAAUAUAUGGACUGAAAACAAAUAUACGGCACAAAUGGAUGAACAGCUCUUAUCAUCCAGUGCCAAAAAGUGUCUGACUUUCACAUGAUAGACUGCACUCCUCUUUACAGCGCUGUGUUGCAGAGCUCUGCUGAAAUUAAGCUAUUCAUCUUCCUGCUUAAUUGCCCUCAAUGUGCCAAUUUACUUUUUUUUUCUGUAAGAGUUUUCACCCAAGUUUGUUAACUUUCUUUCCCAUUCUCUAGAGAGUAAGUAUCAAAGACAAAAGCAAUGGAGUGCCACAGCAGCAUCUGGUUCUUUCCACAUUACUUCUAUAUUUAGUCUGCGAGGAGACAGAUGAGAAGCAGCAGACAUGGCAACCAGGGAUUUUGGGUAGAGCUGUAACAGAGCAGUAAUUAAACCAAGUGACAGACAUGGCUUCAUGAAUCUAGUAUUUCCCUCUGCUGCUCGGAUGAUGCUUUUAAUCUGCAUGGUAUGUCCUCUAUGUUAGCAUUAUUAAGACGUCAUUGCCUUUGAGAAAGUUAAACAUUUAACAAGCUCGAACAUUUUCUUUGAUCACGAAUGUUGGCGCACACAUCUACAAACAGCUUUCGUUAAAAGUUCUUCCUGCACAGAGGAGGCUAAAUUAAGAUGUUGCACAGUGUCCUGUACUGUGGGUCAGUCGCGUUGGAGGCACUGUGUUUCUUGCCGCCCACUCAAGUUGCCAGUUUUUCUCUCUAAAAGUUGUUUGUCUUCGUCCGACAGCUUCAUCGGCCACUCUCUGGGGAACAUCAUCAUCCGCUCUGUGCUGACGAGGCCUCGCUUCCGCUGCUAUUUGCCCAAACUGCACACUUUCCUCUCGCUGUCAGGCCCACACUUGGGAACGCUGUACAACAACAGCACACUGGUCAGCACAGGUGAGGCCACCGUGGAGCGGCGGGGAAAAGGCAAACUGCAGACAUGCUGUAUUGACAAUGCUUGCUUACAAUCUUUUGCUCCUCAGCAGCAUCAGACAGUCUUUUAUCUAAGAAUAUCAUCCAUACUGCUUCAAUGUUGGGCGUAUGAAAGCAGGGCUCCUGAUUGUCUGAAUCUAGAUGUUUGUGUGUGUCUUUUAGGUCUGUGGUUAAUGCAGAAGCUGAAGAAAUCCGGAUCCUUGCUGCAGCUCACCUUCAGAGAUCACGUUGAUCCACGGAAAACAUUCCUCUAUCUCCUGAGCCAGAAACCAGGUACUGAUCGAGAGCGGAUGGAUUCGAAAACAAAGGCGCUUUAUUGACUCGCUCUCUUUACAGAAUUUUCCUUGAAAGAUGGGCUAUUCAAAUAUUCAUGGAAAUGUUGUCAUCUUGUCUUUUUCGUCAAAUUUCUGUGUGUGUCAGCUCGCUAGCUCUCAAACUGCGAGCGAGCCCUGCCAGCGAGCUGUGAGAGGCCUCCCCACUGUGUGAGUGGAACAAAGCAGUCGUUUGUCACACAGGCUUGAAGAAGAUAAGCCUGAAAACACUUUUUACCCCUCCAGCCCUGUGGCAGGCUGACAAAAUGAUCCAAACCCUGUCAUUGGGAACCCACCAGUGCACUCUCUUAAAAGCACACUGACAGGAGACUUGAGAAAAAAUGCUGUUUUAUCGCAUCAAGCCUGUCAUUGUACUUUGUGAUUGUACUUUGCGUUUACAACCAAUUCACUCCUUUCGUCUGUCUUCCUCUCUUCUUCUCUUUCAUUCACACACAACGCAAAAAAUACGCACGCACAAACACUCACUGUCACGCCUGGUUUAUGCAUUUGUGUCCUUUCAGGGCUCCAGUUCUUCAAGAAUGUGGUGUUGGUGGCGUCUCCUCAAGACCGUUAUGUUCCAUUCCACUCUGCCAGAAUCGAGAUGUGCAAAACUGCUCUCAAAGAUCGGACCACAGGUCAGAAGUGGAUUUGAUCUCCUUUUUUCAUUGUUUGUUGUUCAGAACCACAACUUAACCCUUUCACUAAAAUGUAUGUUUUGUAUGGGAAGGAAGAUUUCUUUCUUUCUUCUUCUAAAAGAUAAUUUCCGGUCAUUUUUCAUAAUAUUUUGCAUGAGUAAUGGAGGGGUGAUUUACAAAGAAUUGAGUGUGACCACCUCAGCUUUUGUUAUUUUCAAAAGAGCAACCAGCUACAGAAGAUGAGAUUUUUCUUUUUUUAUGCACUGUUAUAACAAGACAUAUUAUCUCGUUAUCUCGAUAUAACAAAGUUUGUUUUCCCAUGAUAAAGAAUUAUUUUAUUUACGUAAUCUCAACCAAACAAAGAUUGUUUUCUUGUGAUAACAAAUUAAUUAAUAAUGUGUCUACCAUUGUUACUGGUGUUGUCCGAUUCAUGUAUGGCAGUUAUAUGGGUAACACUAAACAAUAACCGUAACUUAUAAAUGGUAAAUAGAUAGUUUAUUAAUGUUUAAUUAUCAUUUAAAAACAGCAUAUAGAUCAAUCAUAAAUGGUAAAUUGAUAGUUUAUUAAUGUAAGUUAAUAGUUACUUUACCAUUAACAAGCAAUGAAAUUUUGAUUAAUCAUUUUCAUUAAUUAUUAAUGGAGUAUUUGUUAAAGGUUUAUCUAGGGUUUAAAUAUUGGUUGUAAAACAUCUAGAUUUAAAAGUGUGUCAGUAGCACUUUGUAGAUGUUUAAUAAGUGGUUUAUAAACCAUAAACCAUCUAUAAACAUUACUUAGAUGUUAAUGUAAAGUUAAGUUUAGGGUUAGGUUUUUUAAAUUGUAAAAUUUACAAUUUAUUAAUGGUCUAUAUGCUAUUUAUAGCAUCCAUCUUGAGCAUUAAAGAAAAAAAAUCUGAGAUGUAGAUCUUCUUUUAAAUUGGUUCAAAUCACAUUGUCAUGAAAAAAAUGAAAUGCUAAGAAUGAGUUUAAAAUGACGAGUUGAACUUCGGUUUUAGUUUCAAGUACAAGAAAAAAGGGGAAUAACAAGUAAUUUUACAUAACUUUUCUUUCUCACUUUUCAAUUUAGAAAACUUGCUACUGUACUUUCAUUUUUCUUUUUCUCUUAAAUUCUCUUGAAUGGAUUUGUUUUAUAUUCCUCACAACUUGCAAUAGUGUGACACGUUUCAUUACAGUAUGUUUUGUUAGGGGAAGUCGUUUUACCUUACGUGAAUUCACAAAAUACGCAUGUAAUGUAAAAGCAUAUCUGACCAAACCUUAACUUUAUUUCUUUCUGGCUCUCUCUUUCCACUGUUUCCUUCAGGCCCUGUAUACACUGAAAUGAUUAACAACCUCCUGCAGCCGCUUGUAGAGGCUAAAGAGUGCCAACUGAUCCGCCAGAAUGUUUUCCACGCUUUACCCAACACAGCCAACACCCUGAUUGGACGCGCUGCCCACAUCGCAGUCUUAGAUUCUGAGCUUUUCUUGGAGAAGUUCUUCUUAGUGGCGGGGCUUAACUACUUCAAAUAAAAGGUGCUACAACAGCAGGCUAAUGGACAGAACCUGGUACUGAGGACAAGGUCUGAGCCUUCACUUUGUAUAGACUGUAUGUUGUUAUAUAUAAUCCCUGGUAUCCAAGAGGCAGGACCUGUGUAUCCGUUUGUUAGGAUUGUUAGCAGCUGUUAUUAAAAAAAUGAUCAGUGUCCUUUGACUGUUUGAAAUGCGAACUCAGAAGUCUGGGUUUGACGGGUAGCCAUGCAAAAUGAAACAUCUGACAUUUAUCGUGGGAUUGAUCGCGGAUGUUUUUCUUUUGGCCUUAUGAAUAACCUCUCAGCUAGAACACUAACAGAUGCUUUUUUUGGUCGAAGGCAUUUAACUUUUUCCCUUUAGAGCUGAUUUAGGGCCUGGUUGAUCCUUCGUCAAGGGUCACACCAAUGAUAGAAGCAAGGAAAUAGAUGCUCGGCAUUUAUUCCCUUGAUUGUACAUGAAGUAGUUUUGUUGUACGAAACAUACACGUUCCUUUAUAUAGAAAUAAAUAUGUUUGAAAUAUUUAUUUUUUAUCUGCUUAUGUGUCGACAGUGUAAAUGCGUCUUAAUGUGAUCAUUUGUGUGUUAUCAUGAGGUCUAUCAAAUGAACAGCAAAGUGAUAAAACAGAGGCAGAGUUAGCCCUAGCAGCACAUGAUCAGUAUAUAGGAGUAUCUUGUGAGCUAUUUCAUAUAUUUAACUCAACAUCAGUGUGAGCUAACUUAUGGACCUCUGUCAGAUAACUAUAAUGCUUCAGAAUAAGUGAGCAAUACAUGUUCUUUCAUGCCAAAUGGCUCUUCCUACUCUGUAAAGCUGGAGACACAUUUGCUGUUCAUUAUGUGUACGCUGACACAUGAUGGCUGCCACAGGCCCCCCCAAACAUGUUGGUUUUGUGUGUCAACUUUGCAAGUUAAACACAGACACGAGGGGCAGUGUUGAAGCAGGAGUGACAGAGUAGUGGGGAUUACAAAGGGGAGGAAGCUCUGAAGACAGGCUGAUGGUGCAAGUGCUAGCAUACAUAGCAUACAUAACAUCACUGUCACUUUUCCUUCUUUGAUCUCAGCAUUAGAGUAACCACUAGUGUUGCCAUGUCUGUUAGUGAUAUUCCAUACUGUCUGAUAUUAUGGCGUGCCGUCUGGAGGUAUACACCAAUUACACACAUUGUACAUUGUCAGGUUUAUUUUCAGCGACAUUCAUGAUGAGGCCGGAUACAUACAGAAAAGCAAAGCUGCACAGCAUGUAUAUGUCCGGCUGUUUAAUGGAUUUUCAAUAGAGAAGUAAUUGUUUACCAAGUCAGGUCCCUUUUCACAAAUGGAAUGUGGUGUCUGUGACUGUAGACCCUCUUUGUACAAAGCAGUCGGACAUUUUUCAGUGGGUGGGGUUUAGCUGGAGGUGAAAUGAUCCUCCAUAAGUGUUUGGCAGCACUACCCUAACACUAGACUUAGUUGUUUUUGUCAAUAGCAGAUAUGAGUCUUUGAAUAUGCAAGGCGACCUAUGUUUGGGGGAGGGAGAGUUUUGUUCUUGGAUUAGUUGAAUCUGAAAAAGGAGAAAACACUGGCUGACCUAAACACUCUCACUCUGAGAUGAUUUGACAGGAGAACCAAAGGUGGAGUGAGAGGACAUUUACAUGCGCUUGAAAGAAUAAAAACAAGUGUAUUAUGAAAAACUUAAAAAAAAACUUAAGGCAUGUAAGAUGUCUUUAUAUUUAUGGCUGAUUACGGCAAAUAUUUUGACAAACAUUUCCCCCAGUUUUGUUUUGCAAAGAAGCUUUGUGAGCCAAUGUGCUAAAGAAAAUUGCACUUAUGGAGAAAUCCAAUAUUCCUCUUUAAACCGACUAGGUUUAGGAUUUAGGGGAUAUGAAAUCUCUUAUAACACAUACUGUACUAGCUAUGUCCCAAUUCAGGGGCUGCAGCCUUCAAAGUUGCAUUUAAAGACUGAUUGUGUCACAGCAAUACACAAAGGCUGUCUUAGUUUUACCGGGUCAUUAGGGAUGCAUCAGGUGCAUGCUUUACCGCCGCACUAAUCCGUGAAACUGCUGGUUAAUCACUGGUAAAUAACAGUAUUUAGUUUUAACGUAGUAGCAAGCUGUACAAACGUUAUAAAAUUGAAACUAUCUUUGAAAUGUUGGUGAUAGUGUCGACCGAGUAACGCUGAGUAACCCGUUGUUCAGCAACUAAAGCGGCGCUAUGUCACUCUAUCGUUAGGGUAGUGAAGCAGCAAGUCAAUUUUCUGAAGGGUAGACCGUCUCGAUUUAAUUUGGGCAAAUCGGCCUAUGCAGUGAGUUUCUUGCCCUGGAUAAUAUCAUCAAUCUAUCCCACACAAAAUAAAAUCGCUAUUUUUAAAGAACAAUUAGAUGAAGUGUGAACUGCAUACUUUAGCAUUUUUGAGAAUCGCCUCCUUCCAGUCCUUUCUUCUUAUUAAAUUUAAUUUGCUGGUAUUUUGUUAAAGUUCAAACCUAACAACACAAGAAGACAAAAUUUAAGAUUAUUUUGCUACCAAUGCUCUUUCCUGUUUGUUUUGCCUCCAGCUAACAUCAUGACGUUGCGGCCGAGUGUUCAUAUCUUGUAAUAAGCUGCUUUAAAUUAUAUGACAAAAUUAUCUACACAAGGAUUGAGCUCAGACGGCACUUUGAGUUUGUUGUCCUCUAAAUGGUGUCCAUCAGGGUGCCGUUCCCCGAAGUGUAAAACCUGAUGAUUUAGCAUACGGACUCACUGCCAAGAUUCUUCUUCACACACUCAUAUUUAUUUCCGUUUUCUGUACACCAAUUUCGACAUGAUGCAUGAUGAUAGCAAGUAAGUACCACUGUAGCAGUCACCUCCCUAGAAAACAUACAAGGCCAUUUCGAUCAUCCCAUCAGCAACAUCGAAUAUGUAUGAUUUUUACAUUUUCUUACCGCAACCUCCAGUGUGAUACUAAAAUGUGACACAAGAUGUUGUUUUCCAGUGAGGACUGUUUCUUCAUCACUGAGCUGUCCAUCAAAUGCUGUUUACAUUUUGACUUUAAAGAACUGUUAUCAUAGUGUUGCCACAGACGUCUCAUAUCCAGUGGUGUAUGUGCGUCUGCUGCAUAUGUAGUUAUGUACAUAGAGAGAGCUAUAUUUAACCUUUGCACUGGUUUGAUGGCAAGUGCACUUUAAUGAAAACCUUGAAUCAACCUCCACUAGCUUUACAAACUCCAAACAGCUAUUUUUCCUAUUGUUUGUCUUUUAUUCUUAUCGUUUCUUUCGGUUUAUACACCCGCUGCGUCUUUAGAUCUGAAGGUUGUAUUCUGCACUUGUUGUGAAACUGUUUGUGUUCAGCUGUCCAUCUCAGUCAUUCAAGCAUUGUUUUGUCUUCAACGAGUACAAAAGAGGGCAUCGCAAAGUGCUCUUUUUCUCUUCUUUUGGCACUGCCCUGUAAGCAGAGUGUCGCCAUGAUUGACUCUAAUCAAAUGGGCUCCUCCAGGACACAGAGAUCGCUCUCAAAAAGCCACUAAGCAAAGCUGUGUAAGCAAUCUGUUGGAGCUGCCAUGCAUCAUGCAUCAUUUCUCAAACCUCCAAUCCUCCCCCCCACCACACACAAAUGCACGCUGUUAGGCUUUAGCUUGUUUGCGUGUAGGGCCAUGUGUGUUUACCCAAAGGGGUCAGUAGGAAUCGAUGGAGGGGAAAAGUGUUUGUGGUAUUGAGAUUGGCCCCCUUCAAGGGCAAAUGCAGGUUUGAAAUUGUUUCAUGAGAUGGAUGGCUGUUGUGUAUCGCUUUAACCGCAGAUAUGAGACCUGGAUUGUAUUUACAUUACGCUGAACUCUACCCUGUAACCUGUUUUUGUGUAUUUUAUGAGAAAAUGUGUCUGUACAUUGAAGCUGGUGUAAUAACCGAAAGUGAAUUCAGAGGUGAUCCAUAAAUCCAAUAGAUCCUUGCAAGUGCUGUCAACCUUCAAAACUAGCUGACUUGAACCUUUUUGUAUUUGAUUGCCCUUUACCGAGAGUCUUGUUCGUGUGCGGUGUGUGCGCGCGCGCGUGUGUGUGUGUGCGAGUGUAAGGAGAUGGGCUUUUCUCGUCUGCUCAUCGCUGAAACAUCCAUCAUGUGUUUGUAUUGAAUGUAAAAUAUUGUUGACUUCACGAUGAUGAACAUGUAUUUCUUUCUCUCUGCUGUUCUUUUUGCUGAAUGUAUAACAUGUAAAUUACAGUUAUACUACAUCAUCUGUGCCAAUACUACUAUAAUAUUUUUCUAUGUUGCUCACUGUACUCUAUGUAUUCCUUAGUAGCUUGUGUCCCAUGUAAAAAUAUAAAUACAUAUACAUAUAGAGAGAACAUAGUAUUAUUAUAACAGAGAUGAUGUUGAAAUAAAAUUGUUCCUUUUGCAUAAAUG